AUGCCAGGUACCUGACUGUCUAAUAGAGGGGGGGGGAGCAGAAUUGAGAGAGUGCAGUGAUUGGGGUGACAGUGGAUCCUAGAUACCUGACUGUCUAAUUGAGGGGGGAGGGAGCAUUGAGAGAGGGCAGUGAUUGGGAUGACAGGUGACAGUGGAUCCUAGAUACCUGACUGUCUAAUUGAGGGGGGGGAGCAGAAUUGAGAGAGUGCAAUGAUUGGGGUGACAGGUGACAGUGGAUCCCAGGUACCUGACUGUGUAAUUGAGGGGGGAGGGAGAAUUGAAAGAGUGCAAUGAUUGGGGUAACAGGUGACAGUGGAUCCCAGGUACCUGACUGUCUAAUUGAGGGGGGAGCAAAAUUGAAAGAGUGCAAUGAUUGGGGUGACAGGUGACAGUGGAUCCUAGGUACCUGACUGUCUAAUUGAGGGGGGAGGGAGAAUUGAAAGAGUGCAAUGAUUGGGGUGACAGGUGACAGUGGAUCCCAGGUACCUGACUGUCUAAUUGAGGGGGGAGGGAGAAUUGAGAGAGUGCAAUGAUUGGGGUGACAGUGGAUCCAGGUACCUUUCUGUCUAAUAGAGGGGGAGCAGAAUUGAGAGAGUGCAGUGAUUGAGGUGACAGUGGAUCCUAGAUACCUGACUGUCUAAUUGAGGGGGGGAGGGAGAAUUGAGAGAGUGCAGUGAUUGGGGUGACAGCCAGCAGUGGAUCCCAGGUACCUAACUGUCUAAUUGAGGGGGGGAGGGAGCAUUGAGAGAGUGCAGUGAUUGGGAUGACAGGUGACAGAGGAGCCAGGUACCUUUCUGUCUAAUAGAGGAGGGAGCCGAAUUGAGAGAGUGCAGUGAUUGAGGUGACAGUGGAUCCUAGAUACCUGACUGUCUAAUUGAGGGGGGGAGGGAGAAUUGAGAGAGUGCAGUGAUUGGGGUGACAGCCAGCAGUGGAUCCCAGGUACCUAACUGUCUAAUUGAGGGGGGGAGGGAGCAUUGAGAGAGUGCAGUGAUUGGGAUGACAGGUGACAGAGGAGCCAGGUACCUUUCUGUCUAAUAGAGGAGGGAGCCGAAUUGAGAGAGUGCAGUGAUUGAGGUGACAGUGGAUCCUAGAUACCUGACUGUCUAAUUGAGGGGGGGAGGGAGAAUUGAGAGAGUGCAGUGAUUGGGGUGACAGCCAGCAGUGGAUCCCAGGUACCUAACUGUCUAAUUGAGGGGGGGAGGGAGCAUUGAGAGAGUGCAGUGAUUGGGAUGACAGGUGACAGAGGAGCCAGGUACCUGACUGUCUAAUAGAGAGGGGGAGCAUUGAGAGAGUGCAAUGAUUGGGGUGACAGUGGAUCGAGGUAACUUUCUGUCUAAUAGAGUGGGGAACAAAAUUGAGAGAGUGCAGUGGUUGGGGUAAAAACACCCGCAGUGAAUCACAGGUACCUGACUGUCUAAUAGGGUGGGGUGCAUUGAGAGAGUGCAGUGAGAUGCCAGGUUCCUAGAGGGGGAUGAGGGGGGGCAGAAUUGACAGUGUGCAAUUAUAGGAGUGACAGUGGAUCCCAUGUACCUGGCUGUCUAAUAGAGCAGGGGCAACAUUGAGUGAGGUACCUGUCUGUCUAAAAGAGACAGAGCAGAAUUGAGAGUGCAGUUAUUGGAGUGAAAGCUCACACUGGAUCCCAGGUACCUGACUGUCCAAUAGAGGGGGGGUAAUUGAGAGAGUGAUUAGGGUGAUAGGUGACAGUGGAUUCCAGGUGCCUGACUGUCUAAUAGGGGGAGGGGUGGCUGCUUUGAAAUGAUGCAGUAAUUGGGGUGACAGUGGACUCCAGGUGCCUGACUGUCUAAUAGGGGGAGGAGUGGCUGCUUUAAGAUGGUGCAGUGAUUGGGGUGACAGUGAACUCCAGGUACCUGACUGUCUAUUAUGAUGGGGGGGGAGGGAGCAGCACUGAGAGAGUGCGGUGAUUAGGGUGAAAGGUGACAGUGAAUUCCAAGUUCAAAAUAAACAAAAGGGUGAAUUUAUUUUGAGAAAUGCAUUUGCAUAUAAACAACGUUUCAGUCUAACUACCUUGACAUAUUAAGAAAUGUUUGGUAAUGGAAGUGAAAUGGUGAAUGUAUACUGUUGCACAGCACAACGUAACAAAUUACGUUAUCUUGUUGAUUGUUGAUGAAGUCCUAUGAGUGUGUUGUUCACAUUGGCUGAGAUCAUCAAACUUGAUGAUCUCAGCCAAUCCAAUGCUUUCCCAUAGGAAAACAUUGGGAGGCUAUUGUGCAUGUGUGGCAAAAAGCUGCGCAGCCAAACAGCAUCUCCAUGGGGAGCAUUCAGUGCCUCCAUUUGGACCCAAUCUAACACACUGCCCCACCUCCCACUCUAAUACAUUGCCCCCAGAUCCAACACACUGCCCCUCUUCCCUCCACUCAUCCACUACACCAUACACUGCCCGCUUCACCCAAUCUGAUACAUUGCCCCUUAAUCAAAUACACUGCACCUCCUCCCUACACUCUAAUUGAAUAGACUGCCACCAGUCCCACCACUCUACUUUAAUACACUGCCUUCCCCCAUAAUUUAACACACUGCCCCCCUCCACUCUAAUACACUGCCUCCCUCAAAUAAAUACACUGCCCCCCUUCCCCAGUUUAAAACAAUGCCCCCCUCAGGGUCAGAUUAAGAGCCCAGUGGGUCUGGUGCUGAAAAUUAUGAUGGGCCUAAUUACAGAAUCUUAUCGACAAAAAAAACAAGAACACUAAAUCACUCCCAAGCGUCAUGUAUCUGAUGGACAUGGUGCUGGAGGGAAAGAAAACAGCAGAUAUAACAAAACACAUAUCCUCUCUCAAAUUUAUGUUUUCAUCUUUUAAGUAAAUCCAUAACCCCUAACAGCAGUGUCCAGUGAAGCAGAAAGUCAAUGGGCGGGGUAAAAGGGUAUGCCACUGACACAAAUCACGUAACCUGCCAAAAGGGGUGAACAUGCCUAAAAAGGGGACAUGUCUGCCCAAAGAAUGGGAAGGCAAGCCUGGCAUGAAUGCAUGUCAGGCUGCCUGCCAAUCAUGCAAGCUAACUAAGGGCACACUAUGCAGACAGCACCCUGAGCUUGGCAUAAAUGCAUCUAAUGAUGCGCUCGCUUACCACUUUCUAAGGACUGUCCCCUAGCACUCGCUGGUCCACUUGUCUCCUUACCUUCUAACUAGCAGGCAGACGCUCCUGGUAUAUAGUCUGGGACAGAGGAAAGCUGUAUGUAGUGAGUGUAGAAGAAAGGGAAAAUGCCACAGUGUUAGAGAGACCAAAGUCAGCAUUAUCUUAACUAAUUUCAUUGUCAGCUAGUCCUCACAAGUUUUGCUCCCAUACAUCCCUCUUAAGUUUCCAUACUUAAGCAAGAGUAUGUGAAAAGUAGGUAGGGUUGCCACCUUUCUUGGAAAAACAUACUGGCCUUACUAAUUUGCAUAAUUAAUUAUGUAUGCGUGACAUCACAUGAUGUAAAUCACAAGGAGUAACAUAGGAGAAAAUGCUCUAAAAUCACCCCAAAACUACUUACAGUUUGAUUCUGCUGUCUAGAUGGAUUGCUCCCAGUGUCUCCCUGUCUCCCAGCGUCUUAAGUCUCCCACUGUCUCAGUGUCCCUAUGUAUCAGUUUACCCAUUGUAAGGGCCACCCAGAGUAUCAGAGGGGUGUAUGCCGUUAGAGACCUCCUUUUCCUUUGGAAAGAGCUGUGCUGUAGUAUUCUCCAGAUGUCAUAUCAGCCAAAGUCUCAGCGGUGUUCGGGCCAUUGAGUGUCUGAAAAUAGUUCCAGACAUGCAACGACCAAACCCCGCUGGACGCGUUUGAUAAAACAAGAUGGCCCCCGCCACGUGUUCGUGCAUACGAAACGAAGGCCACCCAGAGACCUCUUUUUCCUUUGGAAAGAGCUGUGCUGUAGUAUUCUCCAGAUGUCAUAUCAGCCAAACAGGUAGUUGAAGGUGUAGUAGAGCUGUGAAGCAGGUUCCCUACAAGCAUGAGACAUGGCUACGUGUUGAGGGUUAAGCAGAACUGAUUUUAAUGGGGCCACAAUGGUCUUUUAUGCAAGUUUUCCAACAAGGGUGACACCCAGGUGUACCUUGUUGGGAACAGGGACAUACAGUGAAUAACCAAUAAACAUAGAGUCACAUAAUGAGACACUCCCAUUCAUUACACACAAUCCCUCCAGUCUGUUUGGGAGAUAAUUGAGUUAAUUACUGUAUCAACUCAAUUAUCUCCAAACGAAAAAAUUCAAAUUUUUGUACAUUUUCAGAAAUACUCUAAAAUCAUAUCAGAACCCAUAAAACAUACAUUUUCUGAUAGCCCCGAUCUAGAGUAACAACAGUAACAACAAAAAUCAUCCAAAUCGGUUCAGGGAUUAGAUGGAAAGUUAGAUGCAAGUCCCAUUUCUGCCCGGCCGCACACUAGGCUCCUGCCCAUAACAGUUCCAUGAAUUCAGCUGGUGCGGCCGGUCUCUUUCGUGCAGUAUAAAAUGUAGAACAAUAGUUCACAUAAUCGUUCGUGCAUGUGAUGGUCGUGUGCCACUUCAUUCGUACAUUGUCUCUACCGAAUGCCACCUCCUUUGGAUGAAUUAACACAAAUCUAAAUGGUCCUGAAAGUCUCAGCGGUGUUCGGGCCAUUGAGUGUCCGAAAAUAGUUCCAGACACUCAACGACCAAACCCCGCUGGACGCGUUUGAUAAAACAAGAUGGUCGCCACCACGUGUUCAUGCAUACGAAACGAAGGCCACCCAGUGAACCACUUAAAACGUUGGAGUUGCGGUUUGGUACAGUUUGUUCAUUUUUAAUUCGUAUGAUGGUUUAGGUAAAGGGUAUUGCAAAAAAAGUUCAGAAUAGCAACAAAAUUAUAAAUCCAACAAACAGGUCAUCUGUUACACCCAUGUUUCCUGGGGCCCCCAUGUCGCCCAGUGUCCACUAGUCUCCCAGUGCCCCCCAUGUCUCCUAGUGCCCUCAUGACUCAGUGUCCCCAUGUGUCGAUUACCCAGGUCUCACAGUGUCCCUAUGUAUCAGAGUGUCUAAGUGCCCCAUGUCUCCCAGUGUCCCCUAGUCUCCCAGUGUCCCUUAGUGUCAUGUCCCCUGGUCUCCCUGUGACCCUAUGUAUCAUAGUGUCCCUAUGUAUCACAGUGUCUCAAUGCCACAUGUUUCCUAGUGUCCUCUUGUGUCUCCAUGUCGCCCAGUGUCCCCAUGUCUCCCUGUUUCACCCAGUACUCCCAUGUCUCUCAGUGUCCCCUAGUGUCUGUGUCCCCAUGUCUCCCAGGGUCCCCAUGUCACUAGGACACUAGGAACACAGAGACAUGGGGAUACUGUGGGGCAUGGGGUCACUGAGACAGGGAACACUGGGAGACAUGGGGACACAGACACUAUGGACACUGAGACACUAGGGAAACUGGAAGACAUGGGGACACUUAGACACUAGAGGACACUCGAAGACUAGGGGACACUGGCUGGGACACAUGGGGACACUGGGAGACUAGGGGACACUUAAAGACAUGGGGACACUGCGACACCAGGGACACUGAGACACUAGGGACACUGGCUGGGAGACAUUGGGACAUUGAAACACUUUAAGGGACUUUAAAGAGACAUGGGGAAACAGUCACUAAGGACACUGGGAGGCAUUGGGACACUGAGACACCUGGGGACACUGAGACACUAGGGACACUGGGAGACAUGGGGACACUGAGACACUAUGGACACUGGCUGUGACACAUGGGGACACAGGGGGACUAGAGGAUACUUAAAGACAUGGGGACACUGAGACACAGGGACACUGGCUGGGACACAUGGGGACACUGUGUCUCUAGUGUCUCAGAGUCCCCAUGUCUCCCAGUGUCUCUGUGUUCCCAUGUGUCUGUGUCAUAAUGUCUCCCAAUGUCCCUUAGUGUCUCGGUGUUCCCAUAUCUCCCAGAGCCCGUAUGUCUCCUUUCCGCCUUUUCCCCCAUAUCUCACUUCCCUGAGGUGUAGGCUGUCUCUGCAGGCUGGGAGUUGCUGUCUGGACUCUCUGUAGCUGCUCCCUUGCGGAUCAGUGAGUAGAGAUAGGCAGGGUAGAGAUAGCAGCUACUGGAACGUCCCAUCCCCUGCCUCUCUCCUCACACAGCGACCCCUACUGGCCAGUGCUGGUAUUGUAUCGUAAUCUUUGUUUAUACUGAGAAAAAUACCAGCAUUUGUAUUGUAUAUGACUGCAAUAUUAGCACAGGCCAGGAAGUCUCAAAUUCCAGGCAGGUGGCAACCCUUAGAGCAGUGUGUACAAAAAAAAAUAUAUAUUAUUUUUAUCAAUGGGCCUAUUUCAUGGGCAUGGGCCUGGAGCUGCAAUUAUAAUAUUCAGGGGGAGGAAACACACCAAUUGGCGGGAACCCUAAUUUUAAUAUACCAUUGGUGGUGGGUGGGGGCCCUAUUUAUAAUAUUCAGAGGGGACCUUGUGUCCCGCCCAGACCCUACUCAUGAGCAAUGGUUGAUGGCUCUAAAUAAGUGAUGGAUAACAUGCUAUUGUCCACACCCCCAAUUAUUGACAUGGCCUCCCACAUACAAUCCCAACUAGGUUGCUAGGGAUCCCUAAUUCCCUAGCCAUCACCUUUAAUAAUAAUAGUGGGAGGGGCAUUAAAACUAAUACCUUCUAAAGUCUUCUCUUCUUUAGUCUCAGAAAAGGUCAGAAAAAAAAGCCAUCACUUCCUGAUUCGAACAAAAACAGAUCCAAGUAAGGCCUUUGAGGGCUCCACACAUGAUGGGGCUUUAAAAUAUGAGUCAUUAUAAAGGCUUCCCAAAUGCUUUGAAUUCUCAUUAGAGCGCUCUGAUGACAAGUCUCAUUUCUAUCAAGACUUGCUGUGAGACGUGCCUGUCACAACGCUUUAUUGGUUGGGUUACAUGCCAAGCAAUCAGAGUGCUCUGACGAGAAUCUAAAGCAUAAGAAAGAGUUAACAGAGGCUUUAAAUGCUGUGGAGCUGACUAUGCAUGUGACAAUGGUGUUAGUUUCAGGAGGUGUUCAGCAGAAUGUCUACCCCCCUCCCCCUUGUAUAUUUUAUUAGUAGCCCUCUACCGGGUGGGGGCUGGCGGCAAACCACUAGGUUUGUGCACUCUUUUAUUAUUAUGAUUUAUAAAGCAUCAACAGAAUCUGCAGUAUCCGCAGUAAAUGGGUGGACUAACAGACAAAUAUUUGUAACAAGACGAGAUGGACGCACAGGAACAGACGGUGCAGACAGCGAGCAAGCGAGCUAACAUUCUAGAGGGAGUGGGGUAAAGUGACAAAAGAGGUAAGUGAAGGAUGUAUUUUAGGUACGGGAAAAAUAAAUUACUGGACUAGUGUAUAAUGAAGGCUUAGUUUAUUGUAUGACACAGUUUCAGGAGAGCAAGCGGUUGGGCUACUAAGGUGGAUGGAGGGAAAGCAAUUUAACUGAUACCCUUUCCUAAAAAAGUGCGUUUUCAAUGAUUUUUUUGAAGGAACUGACACUGAGAGAGACUCUAACAGAACAGGGAAGGGAGUUCCAUAAGAAAGACGCAACCUUAGAGAAGCCCUAGACACAGGUAUUUGGCAAAACGUAGGGGCCUGGACGUGCAUACCUGUGAAUUAGGAAGGAUAGAUAAGUACCAAGAGCUGCCCAUGCAGCUGCCUCCAGGGUGCCUGCCUAAAGUGUCAUGCAGUCCCCCUAAUGGCCUAAUUAGGGGGGGGAUUUGAAAAGUAAUUAGGGGAAAAAAAAUAACAUUAAUAUUAUAUUUGUGUUCGGGGUACAAAGGCCGUAGAGAGUGAUAGUGAGAAAAUUAGGAAUAGCGUAAAACAGAAUGGAAAAAGUCAGUUGUGGUUUGCCGGAACUGAUGAUGCGGUAGGCCUGUAUUUACCCUUAAGGUGUAAAGAGAGGUAGAUUGAGUGAAUAGAGGGAGUGGAGGGAGAGUACUGUCAAGAAAUGGAAUGGGAUCCAACACGCAGAAUGUAGAUAAUGAGUAAUGUAUACCGGACCUUAGAAUGGCUGGACUAAUGUAUAAGAAUAAGAGGUAGUCAAAUUCAAGCUGAGGUCAAGGAGUACAGAAAUCAGGAUAAGCAAGUAAGCAAAAGCCAGGUCAAAGGAGUAUAGAAUGAAGAGUAGUCACAAAAGGAGCCAAGAUCAAAAGCUGGAAUACAGAAUACGGAACAAGCACUAUUGGGAACAAAAAUGAACCACAACAGGGCAAAGAACCUAGCCCUUUGAGUCCUUUUUAUACUGUGGCUUGUUAGGAUGAUAGCUACACCCCCAAAACAUCAGAAUCCAAAUGUAUUGGCGGAACGUGACUGUGACAAACUUUUUCUGUGAGUUUGUCAUGAGUUUUUGGAGGGGUCUGUUUGCCAGCCUCCUAUCCUGUGACUAUGGGCCCUGCAACAAACCUUGCCCAAUGCACUUUAAAAGGCUCCAUUCAUGUAAUGUAAGUACUUUUGUACUCCACAAAGAGAGACCGACCUCUGGCCCUUAUUCCAUGGAACUAUUUUGGGCAUGAAGCCAUGCUUGCAGCUGGUCAAAAAGAGACUUCCUCGAAACUUUUGAACCCCUGCUCUGAUCUGGGUGAUUUUUGGAUAUGUUGUUCCCCCAAUUAGGGCUAUCCAGGGAUGUUAUGUUUUGGGGUACUUUCUGAACUUUGUUAAAAUGUGUUUUUUCUGCUUGGAGAUAAUUGAGUUACUUACAGGACUUUACUCAAUUAUCUCCCAAGCAGAGGGGAGGGAUUGUGUGCUGUACAUGGGCAUGUCACAAACUGUAUGUUUGUUCUGAUUGGUUUAUAUCCUUUGUGUUCCUGUGGCCUGGAGAAUUGUAGAAAAGUCAACCUGAACCAUUAAAGCUCAGAUCAUCUUGCACCUUCAUGAAGUUUUGGCUCAUGUUUGGGGGGUUGGAGAGCUAUAUAUACUCUGGGGAUUGCUGUAUCACAAUACUCCCCUGAGUAUAAUCACUAGCUCUUAUAAGAGUGGUUCCUGCUACGCUCUCUGGACUAGGAGAGGCCUACCUACUGGAAUCAGGAUCCUGGUCUUGGAUCCAGGGUGGGUGGAGAACGGAGAGACCCCAACCAAGCUGCGGCAGUUCGUGGGGUUUACGGUGGUUAUGGUGUUCCGGCGCGGUGCUUAUCGUACUCGUAAGUGCUUGGAAGCAGCGAUUGACGGAGGUACCCGGUUGGGUGCAGGCGGUCUGUCACAGUGACGUAAUUUGCGUCAUGACGUCGAUGCCCCCUUGUUGCAUAAAAAGGGGAAAACAUCUGGAAAGGAAGAGGAAAGCUGAAGAGGACCUACAUCUUCAUGUAAGAGUUGAGUACCCUGAGGGACAACCUUGGUCACUACAUAAGGGACCCUGACAAGUACAUGCAAAUCGCUAGACCAGGAACGGUACAGGAGAAAGGGAGGAGUCUCUUUAAAAAGGUAAUUAAGCUCCUCCCACAACUCCAGGCAAAGCCUUACCAUAUAUACAUAUAUAUUUGUGGUUGAAUACAAUAAGCUGAAUUAUAGUAAGGGUGGUGUAAGUAGGUUGUGGUGUGCCGGAACCGAUGUUCGGGUAGGCAUGUAAAAGACAGCCCACCAAGAUGAAUGGCUUAAUAAAUGGUUUGGUAGGUGGGCUGAACCAGGCAGUCUCAGCCCAGAGGAAGGGGAGAUCUGUGUAUUUAUAGGCCGGGUAACUCCUCCCACAACUACAGGCUUCACCUAAUGGCUCAGCCUUCUCAUUUGUGGUUGUUUACAAUAAGCCAAGUUAUAGUAAUGGUGGUGUAAGUCGGUUGUGGUGUGCCGGAACCAAUGUUCGGGUAGGUUUGUAAAAGAGGGCAAAACGUUUAACACAGAAUACGUGAUGACAUUAAAUAACAUAAAAAUGUUUAACAGUUUAACACAGAAUGCGUGACGACAUGACAUUACAUAACCAAUACUUAAAUGCAAGUCUCAAUUCCCUCUUAGGUUGAGAGAUAUAUAUGGCAUAUGCAGUCCCAGCCAUUAGAUGUUAUGUACUAGGAUAUAAUUAGAGGUAGUAGAAGCAUUCUUUUAGAAUGACCUGAAAAUGUUAACAGUUGUAAUCGAAUAACAUUAAGGUGUUGUGAGCUAGUUUAAGGUUGAGGUGGCAAAAAAUAUGUGAACCCCACCAUGAAAUCGAAUGAGUAUGGUUUGAUGAUUUUAUAUGUGGAAGUGAGUUUAUUAAAAAUGGCCCAGCACAUGAACAGGUGGCCUUGGCAGAGAGCGUUGCAUGUGCCAGCAGUGAAAUCCUGGAAAGUAGUGGUUUGGUAGGUUGUUCGGAAGAAUACGAAAAAUUGUGACCUCAUUGGUUGCUAUGUUGUAAAAGCCUGUUAUGGGUAUCUGAACAAAGCAGAGUUUCUGUGUUGCUGCCAGCCAAACCUCUUCCUAAUCAUCUUAUUAUUGUUAGUGAGGUGGACUGACAGGUAAUAAUUCCCAUGCUACGAGGGUAUGUUCCUUGUCACAAUGGGAAAUGUGUCACUGACCCACUUAACUAUGAAAUUGGCUGUAUUCCAGUGUCGGUGGUGUAUUAGUCCAGAAAUGAGGAACAAUGGUAGCGUGAACAUGGUUCACCAGUUCUAGUGGGAUAGAAAGGUAAGCGACAUGAACAGGACUGCUCAAGCAUGUGUCAAAUGUAACAGCGUUAUUGUUUACAGGUGAACCUGGUAGCAGGUUGAGCGGAUGGGAAAUGAAUGCACUCCCUUGUGUAAGGUACAUGGUAAAGUUCAGAGUACGCGUGUAGAGAUAUUGCAGCGGAAGGCCAAUAUUACCAAAUGUAAGUCUUGAGCUGCCUGGUGUAUAAUAGGGUGUAUGUAAAGUAAUGAUUAUGGCAUGAACUCUGGUAUCACUUAAACGCAGUAUAAUAGGGUAAUAUAUAACCCCCAAGCAACAGGAAGGCGAAAUUGGGUUGUAGCUAUAAACCCAUCUUGGAUGAAGAUUAUGUAAGUGACGGCCUAGUGAGAUCCGUGUCUCAAGGUAUAGGACACGGAUCUCAUUGUGAAUCAUGAGUAGCAGGGUAUAUAUGCCCAUAAUGCUCUUACACCCAUAAUUCUGGCAAAGCAUCAUGGGAGGUGUAGUCCAAAACAUCUGGAGUGCCCUAUGCCUGGUCUAGAAGGUAUGAAUAAUAUAGAAAAAUUGUAAAGUUAAUCUGUUGUUGCAAAGUUCUGAGUUUCACUCUUUUUUUGACACAGGCUUGCGUGGCCAGUUUUACACAGACAUGCUUGGAAUCUGCAUUGUCCUCAUGAUUUGCCUUAGUGCAGUUCACAGCCAGUUUCCCAGAGCCUGCACGACUGAAGCAGCUUUUCGGACAAAGACUUGCUGUCCCCUCUGGAAAGACAAUAGUCCCUGUGGUUCCUUGUCCGGUCGUGGAAGGUGUCGAGACUGGACACCUUUAAGACGAAACAAAAUUCCUCAAGUUAAUGAUGAUCGUCUGGACUGGCCAAGAUUCUAUUAUGAAAACACAUGUGAGUGCCAUGGAAACUACAGUGGCUUUGACUGUGGAGACUGUAAGCAUGGAUACUUUGGAGAUAAAUGUGACCGAAAAAAAAUGAUAAUUCGAAGAGAGAUCAGAGAGCUGUCUUUUCUAGAGAAGAAAAGAUUGUUCAGCUACUUAGCUCUGGCUAAAACAACUAAAAGUAAAGACUUUGUUGUCCUAAUUACAGGAGACAGACACCAUCGAGAGACAUACCGCUUUAUUGAUGCAUCACUUUAUGAUGUUUUUGCAUGGAUGCAUUACUAUGCAAUGAAGCCCAUACUGAUAAAUAAUACAUUUGAUCUCAUUAAAAAUUUUGCCCAUCAGGGUCCUUCUUUCCCAGGCUGGCACCGGCUUGCUAUCCUAUUUCUGGAGAGACAGAUCCAGCUGAUGACUGGAGAUGAGGACUUUUCUAUUCCAUAUUAUGACUGGCGUGGAGAGAAGAAUUGCUCAAUUUGUACAGAUGAUCUUUUGGGAAACAAUAAUGCCCAGGGUAUACUGACUCCAUACUCCCACUUCUCUUUCUGGAAGGUGAGAUACCUAAUUUCUUGCAUUGCAUUACUUACAUUUUCCCAUCUAGUAUACUAUCUAGAGAAAAGGAGUAGAGGCACAGGUUAUUGCAAUAUUAAAAGGAUUGAAAAUACAAACCGUUUCUCCUGAGCUGCAGCUAAUCCCACUGUAGUUCCAGCUGUGUAAACCAAAUAAACAUACAAACAAUGAGGUCUGUGCUUCCAGCUGUAGUGUGCAUCAAUCUGCUACCAAGCAUUUAUUUGAAGGACAUAAAAGUCAGGCAAACAUUUCGGACACUUAUUCAAUGCAAAUGUCCUUCAACAUGCAGCAAAACUCACCAGUUUAUAUACAAUGUGCAAUAAAUUAAGAACCCAGGUGCCACCCCCUCAUCCCCCCACAGAUAAAGUGCAGCUGUUUCUCAUUGUUUGGCUUCCCUCUGCCAUCUUGAGCCUCUCUUCCGGUUUCCGGCAAGUGUAGGUGUGAUGUCAUGACGCACGUUACUAGGAAACGAGUAUCCAAAUACAGACAUUCAUUAUACAGAUUGCAAUAAAUAAAUCUAAAUAUAAACUUAGUUUAAACAGAUAUACCUCAAAUAUGGAAUAUAUCAAAAACAGGUCAUAAGCAUAAAAUUACAACACAGGAAGCCACAUAAUCGAAGUUAAAUGAAAAGAUAAAGAUAAAAGAGAAUAUAAUACCCAGUGUGUGAAGAAAAAAGCUGCAAAAGCAUAGUGUAUGAUGUUAUACCCAUAUAUACUAGAUAUGUAAUAAAGAAAAAAAACACCUAUUACCAAUUAGGUACUUGGGUAUACAGGUUGCCUAAUCCUGUGCAUAAAGCUUAGAGUAUUAAAGUGCAGGACUAUUAAUAUUCUCGGAAGAAAUAAAGCAAAAAAACAUAGGAAGGUAUUAGUCACUAGAACAAGGCAUAAGACAUAGGAAGAUAUAUUUUAUAUUUUUUACAUACCCCGCUCCAGGACACUCCAGCCUUCCAGAAGGUGUUUGCUGGAAUACAUCGUAUCCAAGAGCUACAUCCAGUGAACCUCUUUCUGUAACAGGAUUCUUUCCCUAUUACCUCCACGAGGAAGUGGCGCUACUCUUUCCAAAACCUGGUGGCGCAAUUGCGAUACAUUGUGUCGUUUCUGUCUGAAGUGUGCCUCUGACUUGGCACUACAUAUAGUUGUUUUAUGUUGCGACACCUGAUCUUAAGUGAGUGUAAGGUUUUGCAUACAUAUUGUAAACCGCACGGACACUUCAGGAGAUAAACGACAUAAUCCAUCAAACAAAUAUGGGGAUGUAAAUAACCAAAUGGCCAUAUUGUGUUAAGCCCACCACUGCUCUCGAGUACCCUGUAAUUGGUGGGUACUACACUAGUUUUAACAUGAGAGAGAAACAUACUUUUUUUCAUGUUUGUGCCGUUUCCUUAAUCUGUUUCUUUUUAUUAUUGUUUUUUAAUAUUUUGGUCCUUAGAGAGGCACUACUGCUAAAAAAAAAAAGGCAUGUUUUGGGUGUGCCCCCCAAUCCCUUUUUGUUUGUGUCUAUUUGGAAUUCAUACCAGAUUCGUUUUGAGUUGAGCACUUUGCUCCUCCAUUUCAGGUGGCCUUCUGGAGAUGACCACAGAAAAGCAUAAAUUUGAGGCGAGUUGAUGGAAGCAGAUUAAGCAGAAAGUAUUGCAGUUAGCAUGUUUAUCUUGCUUGGUAAAAAUAGAGUAGGACCCACCAAUAUUGCGGGACAGUGAUGGGUGGUUGGGUAGUUGUGGGCAAUAUGGCCAUAUGAGUGUGUAACUAAAUCUCCAUAUUUUUUGCUCAGGUAGGUAAGUUCCAAUAGCCUUGUAAAAUUGAAAACUGUAUUCUUUUUGUGUGUGUGCUGUUCCAUUAAUCUGUGGUUAGGAUGUAUUUUGGACUUUACAGUGGUACCACUGUUAAGAGAUGCAUGUUCUGGGUGUGCCCCCAAUUAGAAACAUAGAAACAUAGAAUGAGACAGCAGAUAAGAACCAUUCGGCCCAUCUAGUCUGCCCAAUUUUCUAAAUACUUUCAUUAGUCUCUUAUAUCUAAGAUAGCCUUAUACCUAUCCCACGCAUGCUUAAACUCCUUUACUGUGCUAACCUCUACCACUUCAGCUGGAAGGCUAAUUCCCUUUUUUCUCUUUGAUAUCCUGCUGGGGAUAUUGGUUGCCAUCAUGCCGGCUUCUGAAAGGGGUGACUUCAGUCAUUUUGUUCCCAUACACACCAGAACCUAGUGCUGUGGUUGCUAUAUGUGGAAAUCUGAAGGAUCACCUGCAGGAGGUCUCUUUUGUCAAUCACGGCUUUAGCAUGGAAUCUAUGCCAAAGAUUAUACAGACUGGUGGAAGACAGACCUAUUUUUAAAUAGGUUUUGCUCCCAAUCUUUACAUUUGCUUUCAAAACUGUUAUGCUCUUAGUUAAAAUAAGCAUGACAGGUACCUUUUACAUUUGAAAUUGACUUUGAAACCAAGACAAUUCUCAUUUUAGCCAAUGACACUGUCAGUAGUGAAUGAGAGCAAAAGAAAGAGAAACUGAGAAGUGUUUUUGCUGGACCUCAUGGAGCACAAAAGAAUAUGUUGUUUUUUUAUUUAAUAAUAAUUUCUUCCAUUCAAGGCUAUAUGUAGUGGAUUUAAUUACCCCGAUGCUUAUUGCCCAACGGCUGACACUGAAUACAAAAUGGAAAGACUUCACAGGAAGCCAGGAACUACGCCAUAUGCCCUAAACAUGCCUACAUUCUUAGAUGUGGAGAACACACUGAAACUGAAAGAAUUUGACACACCACCAUUUAAUGAGACAUCCCUUCUCAGUUUUCGUAAUGCCCUGGAAGGUAUGUCUAGCCGUCUCCAUCAUUCAUUAUAUUAUUAUUAUUAUUAUUUAUAUAGCACCAACUUAUUCCACAGCGUUUUCUAAUAUUAUGAAAGGUGGAAAUUUAACAAUAAUUGAGACAAUUGCAAAGUGAUACAGGAACAAUAGGUAGAUGAGGACCCUGUUCCAACGAACUUACACUACAUUGAUUUGCUUUCUCUGUUUUUGUAUUUGUCAGGUUCAGCUCAUUGUAUCUACUAUUUAGUCACUCAGGGAUAUUUACUAAAGUGAGAUUUAAAAACAAAAUGAAAGAAAUGGAGGGGCUGGGUGGAGAGAGGAUGAGACACAUGGAGGGGCUGGCAGGAAGGAAAGAGACUCAUGGACGGGCUGAUGGGGAGAGAGAAUGAGACACAUGGAGGGGCUGGGGGGAAGGGAAUGAGACACAUGGGUUAAUGAAACACAUGGAGGGCCUGGGGGGAAUGAGACACAUUUAAGGGCUGAGGGGAGUAAAAGAGGCACAUGGAAGGGCAGAGGAGGGAGAAUGAGACACAUGGAGAGGCUGGGGGGAGGGAAUGAGACACAUAGGGGUACUGGGUUGGAGAAAUUAGACACAUAUAGGGGGUGGGGGGUGGGGGAGGAUGAGACAUAUGUACGAGCUGGAGAGGAAUGAGAUACAUGGUUUAAUGAAACACAUGGCAGGCCUGGGGAGGAAUGAGACAUUUAGGGGCUGGGAAAGAGGCACAUGGAAGGGGGGAAUGAGACGAUGAGAAGCUGUGGGAAGAGAAUGAGACACAUGGAGGGGCUGGGUUGGAGAAAUUAGACACAUGGAGGCUGGGGAGGGAAUGAGACACAUAGCUUAAUGAAACACAUGUAGGACCUGGGGGAAUGAGACACAUUUAGGGGCUGGGGGAAGGGAAAGAGGCACAUGGAAGAGCAGAAGAGGGAUGAAUGAGACACAUGGAGAGGCUGGGGGGAGGGAAUGAGACACAUGGAGGGGCUGGGGGAAAUGAGACACAUAGGGGUACUGGGUUGGAGAAAUUAGACACAUAUAGGGGGUGGGGUGGGCUGGGGGGGGAGUGAAUGAGACAUAUGGGUUAAUGAAACACAUGACGGGCCUGGGGAGAAUGAGACAUAUUUAGGGGCUGGGGAAAGAGGCUCAUGGAAGGGCGAGGGGGGGGGAAUGAGACGCAUGGAGGGGCUGGGUUGGAGAAAUUAGACACAUGGAGGGCCUGGGGGGAGGGAAUGAGACACAUAGCUUAAUGAAACACAUGUAGGACCUGGGGGGAAUGAGACACAUUUAGGGGCUGGGGGAAGGGAAAGAGGCACAUGGAAGAGCAGAAGAUAUAUGGAAAGGGCUGGGGAGAAAUGAGACACAUAGUGGGGCUGGGUUGGAGAAAUUAGACACAUGGAGGAGUGGGGUGGAGUGAUGAGACACAUGGAGAGGCUAGGGGGGAAUGAGACACAUGGAGGGACCAGGGGGGAGAGCUGACACAUGGUGGGGAUGGGGGAAUGAGACACAUGGGGUGCCCCAGGGCAAUGUUUGCACUGGAGUGUUGUGGUUUCUAGUUAUGCCUUUGGAAAUAGGUUAUUAUUAAAGGGCGACUCUAAGGUUAACGAUAAAUGUAUUUGCAACCUUAAUGUGAUCUGUAUGUUUAGAAAUAAAAUAAAAAUGGUAACACUUCUACAGAUAAAUUAUAAGAGGGCGCUAUCAUCAAGAGGCACCCAUUAUAAUGACAAAAAUCUAUAUUCUAAAUACAAAAGAAUGCACAGCAAAAUAUCUAAUCAAACACUUUAUUGUACAAUCGAAUAUAAUAACAAAAAAUAAUUACUACACCAAACAGAUGAUAGAAGCUAUAAUCAGCAAGAAACAAGUCCAAAAAAUGAAAAUAACACUCACCUAAAACCUCAGAGGAGUGUACCAAUAAUACCCCCCAACGUUUCGGCACAAACAAGUAUUCCUUACUAAAGGAAUAGUGUAACGGCUACCCAGGUAGUGAGAGGGUAUCAGUCGUUGGAGACGUCCUUUUCCCGGCAAGCUGCUGUAUAGUAAUGAAGUUACUUAUUCCCAUCCACGAGAUCCAGGAGUAGAGUCAUGCAUAGCUGUUAAAAGGAGCAAGAUAAUUAUGCAGUAAAUCCCCUUCCAAGAACGAGACGAGGCUACGUUUUGAAGGGUCAAGCAGAACUGGGUUUUAAUGACAAGGAUUCUCCUUUUAUGCAAUUCUGCCCAUGAAAGGGAGACACCUACAUAAUUAGUACAGUAACCAAUAACAAACAUGGUACAUCCCACACAUCCCCUCCCCUCAGAUAAACAGUUAACAUAAUUAACACACACACAUUUUUACCCUAGUUUUGGAUGUACCCCAAAUACUUGGGGUACACCCAUAAAUCUAGUAUCCCCAAUCUGGGGGAACAACAUAUUAAAAAAUCAUCCCAUUCGGUUAAGGGGUUCAGGAGUUAUGGGACUUUGAAGUUUUGACUGACCGCAUAGGCACACUAGCCGAAAAUAGUUCCAUAAGUUUUGCCUUGCGGUCGGUCCUCGUUCGUCCGGUGAAAAGGCACGAAAAUCUUGCCAUCUGUGAAUAUCUUGCUGGUCGCUAGAAUCCCUGUAUGUAGUAUAUACUAUCUACCGAACGGCAGGGCAUUCGGUAGUUUCAGCACGAAUUUACGGUGUUAUGGAGGUUUCAGCAGUGUUCGCCUACUCGAGUGUCCAAUUUUAGUUCCAGACACUCAACGGGAAAUCACUGCUGUUCGUGCACUGAGAUGGCCACGAACACGUGCAAAAGUCCCGAAAUGGCGGCCACCUACGAACGGAAACAAAGGAUUUGUGCGUUUCUCAUACGAAUGGUAUGUGCCGGUCUGGGAGGUAAAAUACUACCUAAUUGAAUAGCAGGGGGGUCCGGUGUUCGGUAGUUUGUAUUCGUAUCUAUGCCUGCUGAGUCCCUACCAUAUGGGUCGCAUAAAUAGAUGAAUAUUGGCAAAAGUCCCGAACUGUGAUAAAAAUAAUCCACAUAACCAUUGUAUGCAUAGUCUCGGUCAGUUGUUAAAGGGCCGGUUAGUGAUAAAUAUUCCCAGGCAAAAGGUAAGGUUCUGUUACAGAUAGUUUGUUUAGAUUCAUGCCUCUAUCACCCGUAAAAAAAUUAAUCUAGAUUGACUGAAUUUAUGUUAGAAGAAGUUGCCAGGAGUUUUUGUGCUUCAAACAGACCUUCUUUGAUGCGACAAAUAGUAGGGCAACUCUUCUAUCAAGGAAGAUACAUCCUAGGGGAUCAUCUCGUUUUAUCAGACAGAAAAUGGUCAUAAGACCUUAGCCAAUUGUCAAUGUCACAGCAGAUUUGGUGAAAAGUGUCCAACUACUUCCUCAUUAUCUUCUUUAUAUGUAUUAAUCUUUAAUCUUUCGUUAGGGUUUAUUAAAAGUGCAACAUAAGAAAGUACUGUAAUUGACAAAAUGUAUAUAUGAGAAACAGGACCAUUUAGCAUCAUCACUUCCAAGCAUAGCAGUAUAACAAUAAGAAUAGAGAACUUUUCUGUAGGCCCAAGGUUGAGGUCUCACACCAGCAUUCUGGAAAUCCUCUGGGACAUAAAGUUAAACAUGGCUGUGAAACAAAAGAACAACAACUGAACCAGGUUUUGCCUUGCUGCCACAUACAGUGAUUCUAAUUUAAACUCACAUGUGUAGUGAGACAUUAAAACAAAUAAAUACACUGUCAUCAUUUCAAUGGAGCAUUAAGGAUAGAGAAAAUAAACUUUGCAGAAUCUGGGUCAGCAAGCUCCCCAAGCUAUAAUGGUAAGUAGAUUCAAGACUGUUGAUCACAUUUUUUCCAAAGUCCCUUUAAACAGAGUGCAGAAAAUAAAAUAGGACUUUGUGAGCAAUUCCCAAGCUCCUAGGUCAGAACCAACAGCACUUCAACCCUCCAAAGACCUGACCAUUCCUCAGAAACCCACCACAAUUCUGCAUCCAUCCACACCUCCACAGCACCAUCAAGAUCCCUUAAGGAGGAUAUAGGGCCUCCACGGUGCCCUCCUCCAUGCCAGCCACUCAGCUGGUUCAGGCGAUCUGUAUCCCCACAGCUUGCAGCACAGGAGACUCACAACUUAAAGCCCCCCUCCUCCCAAACUCAGAGUCAGAGGUUGGUCAAGUCCGCCAUAAGAAUUGUUGCUGUGUGAAAUCAAGGAACUCAUUAAAAAGAGUUAAAAAAAGCCUAAUUAACUCUCCACUCCAUUCUCCUACAAUAAUGAAGGUGUAAACAGACGAUUUGUAACUGUCACUUACGUAGGUUUUCCAAAAUGAAAUGAAAGAGAGGGGAUAAAAAGGAAAAUAAACUGCUCAGCAAUCAAAAAGUCCAUUACAUGUAUAAGGCAGAACAAACUGCAGAACAUAGUGAUCAGGAUGGGGAUGGGGAGGCAGGGCUGAUGAGAAAUCUAAUUUCUUAAUUAAGUUUUAAAAAAUGCCUUUGGAGAUAAGUAAGGACCAUGGCAAGAGGUCAGAAAGACAGCAUAAUAUUAAGCAGACAAGCAGAUAGUGGGUCCAGGAAUUUAGCCAUGUGGUGUAUACACUGCAAGCUGCAAUGUUUCUGUACACCUAUGAAGCUGUAACACAUAAUUCUAAUAAAAAUACAAUUUAGGAGACAACGAGGUAAAUAGAUUGCUGUUUUGAAAGAAAAAGCAGUUACAAGUCGUCUGAAAGCAGAAAUUAAGCAUUUUUUAAGUCUCAAGGCUGGAGCUGUUGGUGUUUUCUUCUGGUCAGCUCAACAGCUCAACCUACCCCCCAUUUAGUAACCUUUUGACUGUGUGAUUUUAGCUAUAUAAUAAAUUGAAUUUUACAUCAUAAAAUUGAGAUGAACUGACCUGAAAUUUUGUGAAAAUAUAGGUCACUAGCUUUUCAAAACUUUGCUAAAUUGUCCUUCUCGCAGCACAGAAAUAAUGGACAGUUUGGCGUGUUAAUACAUUUAGUCCAUUGUUAUUUACUUUAUUAUUACACUGUUUAUUUAAUAUAUUUGUUUAAAUUCUUAUAUAGUGCUCUUAUCCAGAUUGUGGAAUAUAUAUGAUGUAAUCAUAUAACCAUAUAACCUGCUGCUUUCACCCUUUAGGCUUUUUGGCACCAGAUGGGGUGACCUUAAAGAGGAGUAUGCAUAAUCUGAUCCACAUAUAUCUUGGAGGGACAAUGUCUCAGAUUCCAAUAUCCAGCAAUGAUCCAAUCUUUAUUCUUCACCACAGCUAUGUGGACAAGUAAGUUUGGAAAUACAGAAAUAGUCUGUACUUUUAGUCUGUACGUCAAGCUUUUUCAUAGAUGUUACAUUAGAUUUUACCACUUUGUAAUCUAAACAAAUUAAAAGAAUGGGACAUGUCAAAUAAAGUGGGAGUAGGUAAGAAAGCAUUUGUACCACAGGGACAGAAGGAGAGUAUAUGAACAAUAAUGGGGAGAGUAUCCUGAUGGAAAGACUGGGAGUGAACAAAAAUAAACAAUUAGGAGACUGUCGCGAAAUGGACACUUACCAGAUACUUUAUGGCUGUCCGUACACCACCUGUUAUAAAGCUGUCACUUUUCGUGUGUUUUUUCACUGUUAUUUCGUGUGGUUCCUCUUUGUCUCCGUUUGGGAGACUUCAUACGAAUGGAAUCCUUUUGUCUCCCGAAUGAGGACCACCCCUGUGUCCCAUUAGAACGUUGAGACCAACCCCUCAAGUGCGAAAACCGCAAGGGGAACAAUUACUAAUGCUUCCCCUGGGUGGCCGGCAUUUCACAUAACCGAACACGUGGCAGAGAGUAUGGCAGCCAUGAACGUGGGCAGCGGUAGUUGGUCGUCGAGUGCCUGGAACUCUUUUUGGCUAGGCACUUGCGCGAACGCCGGUAAACCUUAGACCGCUGCCCGUUCCAUUUCCCAACAAUCUACACAAACUAUGUUCAGGAGAUAUGAACUACCGAACAGGGGGAGCAUUCAUAUCCUGGAAUAAAGAGAUUCCCCUGUAUGGUGUUCACACAAGAACCACACAAACAAAGACCGGCCAGGGCACCAAUUUCCGUGGAACUGUUUUCGGCUAGCACCUCGUGCCUGGCCAGUCAAAACUUUGACACAUUGCCAUUCCUGUUCUACCAAAACGAUCUGAGUGAUUCUUAUGUUGGUCACUCACAUCGGGGCUAUUGGGGAAUGUACUUUUCGUGGGGUUCUGGGGUAUGGUUGAGGUACUUUUGGGGUACAGGCUAUUUUGUAGAUUUUCUAUACCUGAGAGAUAAUUAAAUUAGAGGAGUUUUCUCAGGCAAUUAUAACUCAGGCACAGAUGAUUCUGGGAUUGAAACCCCUGCAUUUCUUUUGUGUGAGCCCCUUUGCAUGGGAUUUGGCACAAAAGCCGUGUAUGUGACAAUAAAAUUCAGUUAUACCCCCAGAGCUGUGUGUCGUUCAGUUGCUGGGGAGGAGGUGGGAUAUUCUUGGAUUAUAUUGCUUGUUCCUGACUGUAUUUUGGUGUACCAGCGGAGGAUAGCCCCUGUUAGGACCAGGGCUCCGCUACAGAGACAUAUGGAGAGAGGAACAAUGGAGAAGAGUUCAGGGUUAGCUGUGAGUAAGAAGAGGAGUAUGAGAAAAAUGGAAGAAAGUAAUAUUGGAGAAUAUUGCACAAGAGAGAACAAGAGAUAAUGAAGGAAGAGAGUGAAUUGGAUGGAGAAAAGAGAACAGAAAAGGUGUGAAUAGUGAAAGAGAGAAAAUUAUGGGUGUGGAGUUUGGAUGAGAGGGGAGAGCUAAGAACAAUGAUUGAAAAGUGGCAACGGAAAUAAAAGGUGAAAGAGAGCAUGGCAAAACUAAGGAUGGUGUACCUUAAAGGAGCAGAGGUGGGAAAGGUCCUCCAGGUUGCCCCCAGACAUGAAUUGAUGCCAUGUUCUGUCGCUGUGUCCUUUUAUCACUAGUCUUGCCCACAUAAAUUUUGGAGCCACAGCUGUCCACAUUAACUCUGUGACUUAUACUGCACAUAUUCUGGUGUCUACAUUUUACACAGACUAAUGAAAAUCAACUACAGAGUAUUUAAGACUACUCCUCUGUUUUCAUAUUGCCCUGGAGUGUGUGUUUUUUUUCUAAAUUCUUCUUUUGGUAUCAACAUUGGUUGUGUAUGGUUUCUCAGAAUCCUGUUACCCUUGACUUUAACUACUGUUACCCUUGACCUUUGCUAGUUCUACAUGUGUUUGUAUUUCUGUGUUCUUGGUUUGUUCCUUAGACUACUCUGUGUCUGUCCUCUGACUGUUUUAUUGGGCAUUCUAAAAACUUGCAAUAUGUUUUAAAUAUUGUUUGUUCUAGGUUUGUAUCAAUGGUGAAGAAUGGUAGAAGGGUGGGAAUGAUGUGGUAGAGAUCUGAUGAGUUUGAAUGGUGGAAUAUAGUGGUAGAAGCAUGGGAAUGAUAUGGGAGAGAAUUGAAGAGUGUGAAUGUUGGAAUAGAAUGCUAGAAGGUGGAAAUUAUUUGGAAGAGAACUGAAGAAUGAAUAGUGUAAAUGAAUGCUAGAAGGGUGGGGUUAUGUGGGAUAAUGGGCUGAAGAAUUUAAUGGUGGAAUAUGUGAGGAUAUUUAUGGGGAUUGAUUAUUAUUAAUUAAUUUUUAUUAAUUAAAAAUAAUAUUUUCAUAAAAAUAAUUACAUUUAAUAAUCUUUAAUAAAAUAUCAGAGGUUGAAAUGUUAUUGGCGCUAUUCCCAAUUAUUACUUUAAAAGCAAAGAGUUAUUCACUGUUUUUAACUCUUAGACCCUGAGCACGUUGUUCGAAUUUAAUUUUUCAUACAUUAAUAUCACAACUUUUUAUCAAAAUUAUAUUUAUUUGUCAAUAGGCUGUCAAUAGGUGUAAACAUGCAUGAUAAUUAGUGAUCAGUUUUCAAUAACAUUGAACAAAUUAUGGCAUUGUAUAGUAUCUCAAUCACAGUAAAGCAAUUUCAAACUCUGUUAGACUGAUGGGAUUGUUAGUCUACGACAAUUUCAAUCAACAGGGUUAGCAUAUGGAAUAUUUUACUCAUGUACAAUUGAUUGAGACAAUCAGCAAAUAGCGUGUCACUAUUUGUUAAAUCAUAAAGUACCAUAUGAAUUAUCAACAUAUGGAUUAUGGACAGAUUUUCAGAAUCUUAAGAAAUACAAUCUUAGUUUUACUCUUGGUUAGAUUUUCAAUCACGUGUGGAUUGUUUUCCUAUUGUAAUUACCAUUCCAUUAGACUUAGAUGGACAUAGUUAAUAAUUUAUGUUUUAUCAGCUAGCCAUAUAAUUUUAACCAGUUCAGUGCUGACAAGUCAGUUUCAGCUUUUAACUCGCACAGAAUUUUAACUGGCUCACUGCGGUUUCACAGAGUAAUUAAUUAUGAUUAAUUAUUCCAUCCAGUAACUAAAUUCUUGCAGGUUUAGUUAAAUCAAUUAUUUAUCUGAUAAAUAUUUCUUAGUCUGUUAUCUGAUUAAUAUUAAUCUGGGUAACUCUUGAUAUCCUACCUUUACUUCAUUAUAUCAAUUUGUCUUCCAGUCUGCAGUUAGAGAUACAAAUUUUGAUCAUGAAACUAAAUCUGGAGGAUUCUGAUAAUUUUUUACCCAGAAAAAUACAAACUUUUAGAUAUAUGAUUUUAUAAUUAAUAUAAUUUGCUUAUAUUUACCGAUAUAUGUUCUGGAUGUCUCUGGAGCAGAUUGAUUUAGAGUUAGUGAAUUAUAGUUAAAAGUUCUGGAUUUGGAAGUGUUUCCAAGAAUAGAGCAUAGAUAGAAAUUCUAAAGCAUUUUUCCCUUGCAAAGAGAUAACAGUGGUUAAGUUUACAGAUGAAGCAAAGAGUAAGAAGGCAGUUCUUUAGGUGUUAUUUUCAAGAUUAUUUCAACAUGGGAUUUCAAGAGAUCGUCCGAGCCCUCCUCCUCUAAUCCUUUUUUUUAUCCCUAUAUCAUGGGGUUAUCGGUCUUUCUUUAUCUGUUAAUCUUCUGACCUGGUCCAAUGGAAAUCUUGGGGCAAGUCUUAUGUUAAUGGCCGUUGAUGUCAUUUUGACAUACAUUUCUAAAUGUUUCAAACAGCAGGUGGAGCUGUUUGCUUACGUCAGGAAUAUUACCAGCUAUUAUCAUAUGUAAGAUCAACUUUUGUUCAGGACAACAAGUAGGAAUGUUUUAAUUUCAAGACUUUUUAGUCAGUGUUUGUUUUUCGUUUCUCAAUUUGGACUUUGGUACCUCAAACCAAUUUGUCCUUGCUUACUUAAGUGUUAUUCUAUAUCCAUCUUUUAAGAGUGUCAUAUUUAAUCUAUGUAUAGGUAAUUACAUAUAUAUAUGUAUAUAUAUAUAUAUAUAUAUAUAUAUAUAUAUAUAUAUAUAUAUAUAUAUAUAUAUAUAUAUAUAUAUAUAUGUUUCUAUUUAUGUAUAUGUUGCUAACUAAGAAUAUAUGACAUUAUAUUACUAUUUUGUAUAUAAAUAUAAACCAAUAGACCACCCAAGUCCAAGUUCUAGGUGGUAACAAAAGGAUUCCUCAAAUCCUUAAAUGCAAAUAUAAAAUCCAAGAUACACCUAAAAACAAAACCAGAGACAGAAAACACUCAUAGGGAAGCACCUUAAAACAAGGUAGCCCUACUGAUAAUAUUGCACUCACAAAAUAUAUGCAUUUUUCAGGUCCAUCAAUGUCACUUUAAGGUCUCUGCAGUGGAUAGUCUCAAUUCCCAAGGGUACAUGCAAGGAAAGAGGAACUGGACGUAGUACGGCAAAGCUUUAAAAUAUAAAAUGACACGCUUUAAUUAAAUCCACUUACAAGAAGUAAGAAGUAAAAACGCCCAUCAAUAAAUCUCUGUAUCCCUCUAUCCAAGAUGGUAUGCAAUAGAGAUGGUUUACAGGAAUAGCAGGCAGUAGUUUAAAACAGCUCAAUGCAUUUCAUCUACUAAGUAGAUUAACAAAUACUUGUCUUAUCUUUGUUGACACAGAUGUAUUUACUCACUGUCUGGCUCUUUAUGCCAUUAUUCAAGUUUUAGUUUUAUCCCACAAUAUAUAGGUAUUUCCUUUCCUACACAAUAUCUCUGACAUAACCCCCUUUGUUAGAGUGUCAUAGCAAUGAUUAACUAAGCUCAUGUAUACUCAAAUAUUGGACCUAUAAAAGACAUUGUGUGCUCAUAGCGUAUUUUCUGGUUGUGGAUUUUGUCGUACAUAAUGAACAGUAUUAUACAGUGAAGUACCUGUAACAGAUUUGAAUCUUACACCUAAUACAAUCAACCAUAUUAUCAUAAUUGCCAUAGUUAACCCAAUAACAAUUUUAACAUGGUUAAACCAGUCAACACGAGAGAUAAUGUCAGUAUCAUGAUGUCAGUAUUUAAAUGUAUUUACAAGAAUAUUGUCUUUUCUGAUCGACAUUUGGAUAGUAUGAUUGGGCUUAUGAUCUAGCAGGAAUUUCAGAUUUGGGUCCAUCGGGAUUUCCAAACCUUAAAAAGGAUCCACUAAUUCUACUGUACCCUUGGUAAUAUCAGCAUAAACUGGGUAUAGCGUGACAUCACCCAUAGUGAUACGGAAGCCUGGUGGUACCUUGAUCAAUGAUACAAGGGCUGAUAAGGCUAUUACUUUACUGGUCGCCUGGUCCAUGCGAAAAACACUCAUGUUGUUAAGACAAGUGCUAACCAACCAUUUAUCUUUGACUAAUAUAUUAUCAUUAUUAUUAUUAUGUUAUUAUUUAUAUAGCGCCAACAAAUUCUGCAGCGCUUUACAGUGGGUGGACGAACAAACACGUAGUUGUAACCAGACAAGUUGGACACAUAGGAACCGAGGGGUUGAGGGCCAUGCUCAAUGAGCUUAAUUGCUAGAGUGAGUGGGGUAGUGAUACAAAAUACUUAUUUGUGUAAAGUGACACAAAUUAGACUAAUUAAUAGUAUUAGACUAAUGACAGUUGCAAGAGAGGAAUCAGUCGGGAGCUAUUAACAGUUUAAUUGAUACGCUUUUAUGAAGAAGUGGGUUUUUAAUGAUUUUUUUGAAGGAGUGGAGACUGGGUGAGCAUCUAACGGAGGAGGGAAGUGAGUUCCACAGGAACGGUGCAGCCCUCAAGAAGUCUUGAAGGCCAGCAUCAGAGGUGGGAGUACGGACAGAAAAUAGACGUAAGUCUUCAGCAGAGCGGAAGGGCCUAGACAGGCCAUAUUUGUGUAUUAGGGAGGAUAGAUAGGUGGCAGCAGCAGGGACAUUUUAGCUGUGAGGCAAACAAGGCAUUUGCCUUGGGCGGCAUUUUCCAUGGAGCGGCAAAAAAAGCCGCCCCCAAAUGCCCAUGGCAAAUGUCUUGUUAGUCUUGCGGCUAACUGACAUUCCAGACAGGCUGCUGGGCAGGCAGCACUGGCUGGCGGGCGGGUGGCUGGCGAGGGAGCACUUCCUCUGAGCUGUCUGCUCAGCUCCCUAGCGCGCCGCCAGCAGAGUGAAGCUGGGAGCCGGAAUAUAACGUCAUAUUCCGGCUCCCAGCCUCACUCUGCGGGCGGCACAUAAGGGAGCUGAGCAGACAGCUCAGAGGAAGUGCUCCCUCGCCAGCCGCCUGCCCGCCAGUGCUGCCCGCCCAGCAGCCACUGGACCCCCAGGGAGAAAGAGAACCCCCCAGCAUUCCCAAAGGUAAGGAGGCUGGGGGGUUAAAUAAAAAAAAGUGUUAAUGUGAGUGAGUGUGUGUGUGUUUGUUAGUGUGUGUGUCUGUUAGCGUGUUUGUCUGUUAGUGUGUGUGUGUGUGUGUGUGUGUCUGUUAGUGUGUGUGUGUCUGUUAGUGAGUGUGUGUCUGUUAGUGAGUGAGGUGUGUCUGUUAGUGUAACUGUGUGUGUCUGACUGUGUGUCUGUGUGUGUGUCUGUUAGUGUGAGUGUGUUUGCCUGUAAGUGUGUGUGUGUCUGUUAGUGAGUGUGUGUGUUUGCUAGUGAGUGUGUGUCUAUUAGUGUGUGUGUUUUUUUCUGUUAGCGAGUGUGUGUUUCUGUUAGUUAGUGUAUUUAGAAGGUGGGUACCAGAUUGGUAUUCGAUACCCAUUUUGAAUGACUGUGUAAAGUUCAAAGACAAUAACAUCCAAUGCGAAGGAAAACCUUUGCUCUGUGCAAAAUCGAGUACAUUAAACAUGGCUCUGAAACAUGUCAAGUAACUAUGUCAAAAUCCAAUGACAAUGCCUUAGUACAUGCUAUAUGCUCGCUGCCUAGGUGCUCUCUUUGACUCCGACCUCUCCUUCACACCUCAUGUUCUGGUACCCAUGGUUGGAAAGCCAAAACAUUAGGGGUUUGAGCUUUAACGUGGAUAACCUUCUUCCAUGUACCGACAUUAUAAAUUUGAAAAAAAUUUCUAGGUGUGACAUUUGGAAUGGCCAAUAAAAAGCAAACCUCCAUGCGUUCAGAGUCAAUUAAGAGAGGGAGAGCACUUCCCAUCAAGUUUAGUUGCAAGGUUUCAAUUGUUUCCCCAUCCACAUUAGCAAGCAUCACAUGAAUUAUAUCCUUGGAUACAAAAUACAGAGGUAUGCGUCCCCCUGCCAAUUCACUCAUUGCGGUUUGCACUUUGUCGAUGAAAGCAUGUGUGUGGAACAGGACUGGGUCAUGCAUGAAAAGCAGUUCACAUUUAAACAAAUCGUGAUUUAGGUGCAACUCAGUGGACUUAGCAAUUCAUUUUAAAUGCAAAUUGGUUGUAACAACUGUGUUUUCCACAAUGGUUAAAAUCAUUCAAAGAAGUUAUUUUUGUUGGUGUAUUGCCUGAUGAAUAUCAUUAAUGUGUUGUUUGAGUGCAAAGAUUUCCAUAUCCAGUGUUUGCACUGUGAUAGAAUUUGGUGCACCAACGGUGGAACAAACCAAAACAACAAUGAUUGCUGCAAGGAACCUUUUAGGUCAGUUAUUCGUUGAAAAAGAACUGGAUACAAAAGGUUUCCGAACUUGCUCGAAGAUGUUUCUCACACGGUCCUGUGCUCUUUGGAGGUGCAUCUGGUACCAGGCUUGUAACUCAGGAAGCUGUAUUGAUGAAACAUUGUACGCCUUCUCAAUAGAAAUCUUUGGUUCCAGGCUGACAAACACACGCUGGGUCAGGAUCCUUUUCUCGGUCAAGAUAAAUCCUGGAGUCUCCUGGAUCAGGAUUCCAGAGGGUGGUCCUCUCUGUGCGAUCGGAUUAGUCCGUAGCUCUCAGCACAGGAGCAGUAUGAUCCAGAAACAUGCCACAUCCUUCUUAGUCAUUGUGGAGAAACCGACCUCGCCACUGGGCAUUGGAGAAGACUGAUUGCCAGCCUCCUGCCAUGUGACCAUGGCCCCUGGGAUGUAUUGUCCUUUAAAUACAUGAUUUGGCCAUAAUGGAUUUGUGUUGUGCUGCUUUUUCGCAGAGAAAGGAUUUGUACUUUUAAACUGGCACUUCAGAUGCAUUUGAAGUGCUGAAGUAGUCGAAGUGGCCGCCAUUCGAAAACAGAACACGUGGCGGAGGCCAUUUUAAUGUAGUUGAACGCAGUCAGCGGUGCCUGCCACUGAAUCUAUGGAACUAAAAUCGGCUACACAUUCACAUGAACAUCGCGAUCCAUUACCUUCUCAGGAACUUCGACGCUUCGACUGGAAUCGAAGUGCGUUCGACAAUUCGAACGCACUGUUAGACUGGGCUAGUUGCCCGAAUGGCCACGUUCGUGAAUUCGAAUGGGACUUAGACAUUUUUCUGUGUGAAAUUGACCGAACGCACAGCCCAAAUCUAUGGUUCUCUUUUGGGCAUGAAAAUGUGCUUGUGGUCGGUCAAGAUGCAGAAGUUCCUUAACUUUUUAACCCCUGAACCGAUUGCCCUGAUUUUUGAGUAUGUGUAUAUUUCAAGCAUGGUGAUUCUGAAAAUGCAUGUUUUAUGUGAAUGGCAUGUAUAUUUGGGAAGUUAUUAAUAUUUUGUAAAAACUGUAUUUCUCUGCCUGUGAUAAUUAUAUUAACCAUUGUGUUCAGUAAUCAUAUCACAGGCAGAGGGGAGGAUUUUGUGUGGGAGUGUCUGUGUGUAUUGUAUGGAUUGAUUGGUUGUAUUUCAAAACCCUGUGGGCAGUACUAUGUUUGUGGAUUGUGAAUAAAAGAGGCUGUAUGUGCCAGUACAGUCAGUUCUACUUCACCCUCAAUUUGGAGUCCUGUCUGUUAUUGGGGGAAUCUGCUACAAGAGAUUGCUAUGCUCUGCAUAUUCCCUUGCUAUAAUCACUCCUAAGCUCUUUUAAGAACUCGUUCCUGCUUCGCUCUGAAGGAAGAGAGGUUUGGCCUGUGGUGGUUGUGGUGUCGGCUAGAGUGCUUGGAAUCCUCAAGAAGCGCUAGGAGCAUCCAUCAAUGGAGGUACCCAGUCGGGGUGCCAGGUGAUCCAUUACAGUCAUCUUCAGACAGGCACGGAUCAGGAACACGUCUUAGACUUAUCUACUAAUGAUUCAAUCCUUAGUUGAGAUUUAGGAUGAAAAGCACACAACUGGUUAAUGUUUUUAAUAAAAUUUUCAAUAAAAUAACAAUCUUUAGGAAUUUUUAUCUUAUAUGCUACUGGGAAGAUUUUAUCAGUAAUGACAUAUGGUCCCUCCCCAAGAAGGUAAAAAUGUAUCCUUGGUCUGUUUUUGUGCAAAGUUGUACAGAUAAACUUGAUCUGUAAUCUCAUAUUCCUUUUUAGUGUUUUUUAAAUCGUAAUAGGUCUUAAACCCUGUUGCAGCUUUUUCGAGAUUCUUUUGUGCAAAAGCAAAUGCAUGCUAUAAAUGCUUGCCCGAUUUAUCAAUUUAUUGAUGUGUAAUGGCAGCGUUAAUCAAAUUAUGAUCUUAUGUGCAUUAUAGCAAAUGUUGUGGUAAAACCAUUUUUCUUCCGAUCAUUAAUUCAAAAGGUGACAAUUUGGUAGCAGUGCUAGGUGCAGCUCUAAUCACAAUUAAAACUAAGGGCAAUUUAAUGUCCCAGUCUUUCCUAGACUUUUUAACAUACUUUCUAAGAAUGUUAACGAUUGACUGGUUAUAUCGCUCGCGGUUAAGUGACGUUUGUGAACCGACCGGGAACCACGAGGUUUUCAUGUCAAAAAUAGUUCCAGGGCAUUCACGGCUAAGUCUCCCUGAAGUCUAUUCGCGGUUUUGGUCCAUGCGAACAAGAUGGCCGCCACCUCGUGGUCGAAUGGCACUUCAAAUGGCUUCGGGAGCUCAAGGUGCCGCUUCAAAAGUUCGAAUUGUGGCCAUACAAAUAUAAAAAGGCACACACAGUGGUUUUAACCAGGAUUUAACACAGGGGCAUAGUCACAGGGCAAGAGGCUGGCAAAUAUACCCCUCCAAGAACCCGUGACGAGGUCCAGUUCGUCACAGAUUCCUUUAAAUGUUUGUUUUCUGUUGCCACACCCGUUCCUUUGCCAUUUAUCCUUAUUGUUUAAGUUUGUUCCUGCAAGCAGUGGUUUCAUUCAAUCUCCCGACCGGGAUCCAUGAAUGGCUCCAAACUCCCGAACGGCAAUACACGAACUGCUGCUAGCCGCCGAACAAUAACAUCCACCAAGCGGCUUUCGUUUCCAUCCAGCAGUCUCUAAACCUGAAUAAGAAAUCCUCCCAAUAAUGAGACAGAAGCUCCGCAUUGAGGGUCAAACAGGAUCUGGCUUUACUGUUGGCUACCUGCCCGUAUUUAUGCAGGUCUCCCACUUGGUGGACACUCCCCUAGGGGACCAAAUGGGAGACUUAAAUGACAGACAGAUAUGGGGACAUUCCAGACACAUAGACACAGUUUUUACCCACAAUGCACUAUGAUUCCCUCCCCUCUGCCCUGGAGAUAAUUACCAAGUAACUCAAUUAUCUCCAGGACAAAGCCAGUCGCCAUUUUAAAUAUAAAAUCAUAAAAGACAUAAAAAUACAUAACUUUAAAAUAACUGAACAUUUCCCGUUCGUAUCACAUAUCCCCAGAUAGCCUGGAUCUGAGUGCAUAUUAUUAGCGAAUAACGCUCAGAUCCCACACACAUAGUUCAAUCGCCAUGGAGUCAAAGUUCUUACAGUCUUUCGGUAUACGAAUGACUCCAUGGGAAGGUUAUCUGGGUUAAGUCAUUUCAUAUGCUUCAAACCUCCCGAACGGCCGGUAUUCUUAUGCUUUCGUGGAGGCAGCCAGGUGUUCCCUUGUUUCAGCGGUGUUCGGCAGAAAAAGUGUCCGCUUUUAGUUCCAUAGAAAUAGAGCCAAACACCGCUGGGCUUUCGCGUGGUUUAAAAUGGCCGCUGCCUCGUGGUUGACAUACGAACGACGACCACCCUGAAUUUGUUUAAUUGAGAAGUGUCUGCGGUUAACCACAACGUUCUAAUUGGGAUCACACUUCUCUCUUGGGUGGCCGUCCGUUCGGUAGGUUUGUUCGGGAAAAAACAGUCAUUCGUAUGGCUGGGCUAUAGAAACAGCCAUUUACACGAAAGGGGACAGAAAUAGACGAAUCCACCACAAUAGGCAGGCAGAUGGUUCUGUCACAGAGAGAUUAUCAGCUCUAAUUCUUUCACUCUGCAGACACUGUAGAGGUUGGUGAGCAGUUUCUACAAUAAUCUUCUCACCUUGGAUAUAGCUACGAAAAUUUUGUAGUGCCCUAACAGUUGACAAUAACUCCUUCUCACACGUGUUGAAUUUAACUUCAACAGGUGACAAAGUCUUGCUAGCAUAUGUAAUAACUUUGUUUAGACUGCCCUGCUUAAAUCAGUGUAUCCUGUCUCCAGAUAGAAGGGUUUACGCCCCUCUGGGUAUGCUAAACAGGGUUCCUGAGUGAGCUUCCUCCUCAGUUCACUUACCACUUAGUCCUGAGGCUCCCCCCAGUUCCAGGUAGUUUCCUUUUUAAGCAGGUGUAAGAGUGGUUUUGUUAUUUCUGCAUUGUUAUCUAUAAACUUACGGGAGUAGUUAGUCAUACCAAGGAAUGAUCAUAAUUCCCUGAUGUUAGUUGGUGUUUUAUCCUUUAGUACAGCUUCAACCUUCUUCUGGGGAUUUAAUCCUUCAUAAGUUACUUCAUGUCCGAGGAAAUUGACUUGGGUGCGGCACCAUUGUUCCUUUUGUAAUGACAAUUUUAUUCCUGCUUUUCUUAGCUGAUUGAUAACAUGUCUAAUCUCUAUGAUCUGAGUGUUUUCAGCAAGACAUUGUCUAUGUAUGAUAACGUUCCUCUCUCAAGUGUGUCAGGCAUAGCUUUAUGCAUGAACACAGCGAAUUCAUGACUAGAGUUUAUGUAACCGAAAAGCAAAUGGGUCCAGGUAUACUGCUUUCCAAAUGUGAAGGCCAGUUUGUAUUGGUCUUCAUCAUGGACUAGUACAGUCCAAAAUCACUGUGCACAGUCAAUGGCAGUGAAUAUUUUAAAUCCCUGCAUCUGAACCAACCAUUUGUCUAUGUAUGGCACUGGCCAACCAGAUGUAUAGACAUAAGUCUUAAGUCAGCGCAUAAACACCAUUGUCCAUUAGGUUUCAGAAUUCCCAGGAUUGGAUUAUUAUAUGAACUGUGCACCGGACAUACAGUGCCCCUUUCCUUUAAAUUCUGAAUGAUGUCUUGUAGACCAUCGUAUGAAGCUAAUGGUAAUCUAUAUUAUUUGAUGAAUACAUGUGGUAAUUUUGGGUCAGUUUGUAUUCUGGCUAUGUGGAGGUUAGUUAACCCACAGUCGUUUUGCGAAAAUAUCCUGGAAUUCCAUAAGGACUUCCAUUAACUGUUGCCGCUCAGCAUCGUUGGAGCAACCAUCAGCUAAAGAUAUUUGCUCUUCUAGCCUUUCCUGAAAUCCUGGAAAGAUUUCAGGCUGACCUAUCAUAAGCUUCUUCAAGCCUAAAAGUUAGGUCAGUUCGGUGUCAACUUGCUUUUUGUGUUUGGUCGCGAUAUUCUUGUGAUUCCUGCUCAUUGAGCGGAUGAUUGAUGCAUCUUUGAUUUUACAUAAGCCUUCUUCGAUGUUAAAGGGAUAUACAGAUAGGAUGGUGAAUAAUCCUUCUGGGUAGGAUAAUAAUUUGAUCAACAACUUCGUCAACAAUUUCGUCCUCAGUUCAGUACUCUUCAGGGAUGAGGACUAUAAUUUGGUUUUGGAAACCAAAUAUAUAGUACUCAUCAUCCAAUACUAGACCUAAUAACUUUCCUUUUGGUAAAGUAACACUAUUGGGUGUAACAUUGUUGACAAUAACAUAGGUGGUAUUCAUGGGCGUGCACAGCCUAUUGCAUAAGGGUGUGCACCCUAAAGCACAAACACACACGCCACGUAUUUAUAUAUAUAUAUAUAUAUUUUAUUUUUUUUAAAUAUAUAUAUAUAUAUAUAUAUACACACACACACACACACACAUACACUGCUGUGUGUGUUAGGGUGCUGUGUGUGUGAGGGCACUGUGUGUGUAAGGGUGCUGUGUGUGUGAGGGAGCUGUUUGUGUGAGGGAGCUGUGUGUGAGGGUGCUGUGUCGUGUGUGUGUUUGUGAGGGUGGUGUGUGUGUGUUAGGGUGCUGUGUGUGUGUAAGGGUGCAGUAUGUGUGGGAGGGUGCUAUGUGUGUGAGGGAGCUGUUUGUGUGAGGGAGUUGUGUGUGUGUGUGGGUGCUGUUAGUGUGUGUGUGCUUUAUCCAUCUCCUGCUGCAAAACAAGGGAAGGUGCCCCCUUUGGGAAACCCAGGCUUACAAUCCAGAGCCAGGUCUUCUUGGCUCUCAAAAAUGUGAGCAAAACCAUCAUCACUUUUUGCUACUUCUAGAUAUUAAAAACGUAAUACACUAGAGAUUUUUUCUCCCCUUUAUUUCAUCCUUUGAAAAAACAUACCCCGGCAAAAGAGUGCAGUGUCACCAAUGACACUAUCACUGAUUUGAUUUGAGCCUGUUCCCUAGGGACUCUCAUCAAUGUGAAUUGAAAUACUUACAAUUAAGUUCUGUGUGCAUACCAUCUUUUGUGGAAUUACAUUAUAUUGUUUUAUUCUAUGUCUCCCUAUAUUUAUUGAUUGUACAUUCAAGCGUCACUCCCUAUUUUAGGGUAAGUGUAUAUUUUUAUGUUUUGCACAGCGCUCCACUCAUCCAAUUAGGUAUAAUACUCACAUCUUACUGAUUCACUCUGUUCACUAGUAUCAACCUGUUUGCUUAUUUCUUUGUUUAUUCUUUGAUACUUAUCAGAGCAACUCUUUUAUAAGUAAUUUUGUUACUCCAUCAUGUUCUGCUUGUUAAGCAUUAGCUAGUUUUGAUAUAAAUGCUAUUGGUAAAUAAUAAGUGGUAAGUUGCUGGAUACCGAUUGUCACUGGGUGGAGAUGUUUGAACUCAUAUUUAAAAUGUCUUUACAGGAUAUUUGAACAAUGGAUAGCCAAAUACAAUGCAUCCCCAAGUACAUAUCCUGAAAACAAUGAAUUGGGACAGUCCCCGACUGAUUGUAUCAUUCCAUUUUUUCCAUGUUACCAAAAUAAAGAUUUCAUCCGCAAAUCAACAGAAUUUGGCUAUCUGUAUUCUGUUUAUAAUGACAAGGAGUGAUGGAGUAAGGAACGUGAUAUCCAUUAAUCAAGAAACUCAGGCUAGAGGCAGCAGGUCUCAUCAAGAAAUUAUUUUCUCUAGAACAUCUAAAUGGGACAAAGUCACAAUGUUUCAAGAAGAAUGUGUGUAAAGUGUCAUUUCUGUACUGCCUGUCCUGUUUCUUUCAUAUUGUUGUGUUAGUUGUGUUUUCAGUAUCCAGGUUUAAAACAGAUAUACAUUAAGUAGAUAAUUUGUGAAUUACUGGUUUCUAUGUGUGGCUGCAAAACAUUGGAUAGACAUCUGGGAAAACUGUUCCUUUUCUUUUCAUCAUGUCCCUUUUUUCAAUGUGAGCACAUUUCAUGGGAACGUAGGUAAAUUCAGAGCUCACAUUAAAUGGAUUGUACUUGCGAUGAAACAAAAUUAACAUCAAAGUUUAACCACCGUGCUUCUAAAAUUCAGUCCCACAAGACAGUGUGCUUCACUCGUAAACAUUUCUAUGAAAAUAAAAUUUCACAAUUUCACAAUUUGAGGAGCAGUUUGCAUUCUUUUGUCAGAAAUUAAAAAAAAGGUAAUCAAUAUUUUUAGGUAAAUGUCAAUGUGAUGCUUUUCUAUUAUAUCAUAAAAUGACUGCAGGGUGGAAGCAAGCUAUACAUACUGAACACCUUAUUAUAGUUUACAGUUUAUUAUAUACAUAGUUACAUAGUUAUAUAGCUAUUCCAAUUGUGCAACAAACUAGGAAAAAAAUCCUUCAUGACCCCAGAAUGGCAGUUGGAUAUCUCAUCGGAUCAAGAAACAAAUUAAAAUUUAUAUCCCUGUAUAUUAUGUUUUUGCAAGUAUUUAUCCAAUUGCUGUUUAAACAUCUGUAUAGACUCUGAUAAAACCGCAUCUUGAGGCAGAAAAUUCAAAAUCCUUAUUGUUCAUACUUACCCUUUCCUUUGCCUUAGACUAAAUCUCCUUUCUUCCAGUUUAAAUGCGUGACCUUGUUUAUUAAUACAUUUCCUAUUUAUUAAUACAUUUCCAGAUAAUGGCUUGUAUUGGCCCCAAAUAUAUUUGUAUAAUGCUAUCAUAUCUCCUCUGAGGCACCAUUUUUCCAAACUAAAGAGAUUGAAUUCUGGGAUACAAUAUUAGCACAUGAACAAAACCCCAAAACCUCUCAACAUGUCUAUUAAAAAAGAGACAUGUUCACCAAACAUUGAAAGUUUGCUCCUGGUUGCCUACAACUUUUGUUGAUAAACGCAAUGUUGUGGGGAAUAUUAUCUAUUUGGCAGCCAGAGUCAAGUUGCCACCGUGUCAAAGGUUUGUAGGCUUUCCCUUUUAAACAAUACAUUGAAAAUUAAGGGUUAUUCACUAAAGUAAGAUUUGCCAGGAAUUGAAAGUAGUCUAGAUGAUUUUUUUUCUAAUUUGGCUGGGUGAUGGAACGCUGGCAUUCCGACCGAGUACCUCCGCCAAUCGAUGCUCCUAGUACUUGCCGAGGACUCCAAGCACUCCAACCGACACCAUCAGCACUGCAGACCCCACUUCCAGCAAUGCAGCUGCGCCGGGGUCUCGCCGUCUUUCACCCACCCUGGACCCAAGGCCAGGAUCCAGCUUCCAGUGGCUAUAUCCACAGAGCAGGAACCAGGAACAAGCUCUUACAAGAGCUUAUACUCAGGGGAGUAUUGUGAUAUAGCAAUCCUCAAGAGUGUAGUUAUUGCAUCCCCCAAGCAUGAGCCAAGGCUUCAAAAAAGAGUCAAGUAGUUCUGUAAUGAAAGCAAGCACUUACAAUUUAUACAAUUCCCCAGGCCAGAGGCACACCCCCUGGACCUGAUGGUACACAGGCAUACAAAGGACACAAACCAAUCAAAACAAUACAACAAUGUCUGACACUCCCAUUCAUUACAGUCAAAUCCUCCCCUCUACCUGGGAUAUAAUAACUAGACUUGGGCAUUUCAGAAAUUUUCGUUUCGAACAAAUGUCAAUUCUUUCGUACAAAUGUCAAUUCUUUCAUUCGUUUUCGUACGAUAUUCGUUAGUAUUUUCAUUUCGGCUAAACUUGUUCAUUCAUUCAGCGUGAUUUAAUUGAACCAAAUGAAUUGAAUACAUAAAACUAUGUUCCCUAAUCCCUAAAUACCGAAUAGCUUCAACCGAACUCAAUAAAAUCAUUUGUUUCAAAUUUUGUACAUUGAUCUAACAACAUGGCAUUGAAUGCUGUAUUUCGUUUAAUUUACACCUAAAACUCCAGAAAUAACUCCUGAACCGUCAAAUGCACGAACGCUGACAUUCGCAUGAAAAUGUAUUGGCGCUAUUAGUAAACUACCGAACACCACUCACUAUAGUCAUUCGUAUGUCGAAUGGCAUUGCAAAUACAAUGCAAUCAUAAAAGUCAGUUCCCUAAUCCCUAAAUAACGAAUAGCCUCAAGUGAACGCAGUAAAACCAUUCAUUCGUUUAAAUUUUCGUACAUUGAUCUCACAACACAUGGCAUUGAACAAUGUUUUAAUCUAUUUACGCCUAAAACUCCCGAACUAAUUCCCAAACCGUCAAAUGCACGAACGCUGCCAUUUGCAUGAAAAUGUAUUGGCACUAUUAGUAAACUACCGAACACCACUUACUAUAGUCAUUCGCAUGUCGAAUGACAUUGCAAAUGCAGUGCAUUGCUUUUGCUUAGUUUCUUGGGCUCAUGAAUCAUCAUGCUUCCCUGACAGGUGGUACUGGCAACACAGUAUAAUUUUAUAAGUGAGUGGGAAAGUAGUAGCCAAUUAAAUAGGCUUUUACAUACUGCCAGACAAAACUGUAAAAAAAAAAAAAGUAUCAACUCAAGGCAGUCCUUCAAUGCAAAAUCUAUCCAGAUUUUCUAUAGGCCAGCCAUUCAGCCAUUUUGGACCUCAGCCAGCCCACCACCCUGUCAGCCAUUUUAGACACUUUGAUGCUGAGCCUGCCAGAAGUGGUUAUGUCAUCCUCCAGCUCCUCAAAUGACAUACCCAUGGAUAUAGUGGAGGGGGCAUUGGCCACUCUGGCCAGGAGGUAGGAGAAGCAAGUGGGAGAUGCAAGCAGAAGCAAAGACAGCCCAGGAUCUUAAAAGGAGCAGAUCCUGGGAGGAAGAAUAAGUACCCUGAUAGGUUUCUUGCAGAGGAGAAUACAGUACUGGUAAACAAGCUUUGCCAGUACUACCAAUGUAUGUUUGGGGGAGCAGCCAAAAAGACUUCAAGAGCAAAGAAGGUGGAGGAAGAUUGUGGCAGUGGUGAAUGCUGUUGGCGGAACAACCGCACCGAGGACGUGGUGAAGAAACGGUAAGUGCACUUAUAUUCCUAAAAAAUUAUUUUCUUUAUGCCAUGUUUUUUUCAAACUUAUUUUUUUUCCUCCAUGUGCUUUUGCUACACCCUCCCACCAUUGGCAGCUAUGCUUUUAAAGUCUUUUAAAAGUGAGGGUUGGGUCACUUAAGCACAUAGAGGGAAAAAAACACCACAUGCAGCUCAGCUUUAAAGGAACACUAUAGUGACAGGAAUACAUUCGCAUUCCUGUCACUAUAACUGUGAAAACAAAGUUUAACCUCCCUCUCAGCAAUGUAACUGUAAUUAAAGGGACACUCCAGUGCCAGGAGAACAAACCAUUUUCCUGGCACUGCAGGUCCCUCUCCCUCCCAUCCCCCAUCCCAGGGGGAGACCAAUUGCGCAUGCGCUGCCACCGGCGGGGUGAGACCUAAUGUGCAUGCGCGGCAAUGCUGCACAUGCGCAUUAGACCUCCCCAUAGGAAAGCAUUGAAAAAUGCUUUCCUAUGGGGGUUUCAGCGACGCCACUAGAGGAGGAGUUAACCCUGCAAGGUAAAUAUUGCAGUUUAUGAAAACUGCAAUAUUUAUUUACAGUUGCAGGGUUAAGGGUAGUGGGAGUUGGCACCCAGACCACUCCAAUGGGCAGAAGUGGUCUGGGUGCCUGGAGUGUCCCUUUAAUUACUCAUGCUUAUAGCAGAGCUGUGCUCUGCCUCCUUGGUUGCGAUCUUCAUAAUUGACAAGAUCAGCAAAUCCAAUGCUUUCCCAUAGGAAAGCAUUGGGAGGCUGUCAUGUUGCAAAACACAGCUGUUCUAUCAGAUAUCUAUAUCUAUCAGAUUUCUAUAUUGACGUCACUUCCGGUGCCCCCAUGUCACCAGAAGUAACGCGAGAUCAGCUGCAUGCUAGCAGGCCUCGAGGUAUAGAAUUCUGGUGGAGGCACCGCGAGCAUGUGUGCUGCCUCUGAUGACGCUCGAUCAGCUGGGCCUUUAAUCUGAAGGGUGUACCGCGCAUGCGCUCGGCACAUCCUUCAGCUAUAGCAAUCUGAUGGGUGUGCAGCACAUGCGCGCAGCACAUCCCUCAGAUAUAGCAAUCGGAUAUGUGUACUGUGCAAGCGUGCAGCACAUCCAUCAGAUAUUGCAAUCUGAUCUACAAAUCUGAUGGAUUUCUGUACCACAGCUUUCACUGUGUAGUAACAUACACAUUGUAGGCGAAUGUGGUGUUAAAUAAGGGAGAUGCACGGUUAAUGGGGGUGACACACAGGGAUAGGGAUUUAUAGGGGGUGAUACACAUGGGAUGGGGGAUAUGGAGGAGUGACCAAUAGUUGCCUAACAACCCAGAAGUCCCUCUCGUGGCUGCGUGGUAGCCAGCCACUAGAGGUGGAGUUAACACAUAAAGAUAAUUAUUGCAGUUGCACUUGCAAUAGUUACCUUUACACGGUUAAGGGACUUGGGACACUGAACCCAGACCACUUCAAUGCGCUGAAUUGGUCUGGGUGCCUAUGAUAUCCCUUUAAACAUGUCAGUAAACGUAUAUAUAGAAACAUAUUAAAGUAAUUAAUCAAUUACACAUGUCAUUGCAGUUACUACGACAUCAGACAGAUGGUGAAGAGGAAGGUGAAGGCAACAGCCUCCUCCAGGAAGACAGGAGGUGGUUCACAAGAACCGGACCUGCUGCCCCAUGAAGAGGAGCUCCUGCAGUUCCUGGGAAGAGACAACCUCCUUGGGAUUGAGGGGACAACUGGCGCUGAAACAUCUGAAGGUACAUUGUUAAAGGACCACUAUAGUGCCAGGAAAACAAACUCAUUUUCCUGGCACUGUAGGGUAUUUAGGUCCCCCACCCUCAUGGCCCCCUUCCCACUUCAGCCACUUACCUUUCUCCAACCCCUUCAGCCACUUACCUUUCUCCAGCACCAGGCUCCCUCGGCGCUGGGGAACACUCCUCCCUCUGCCGACGUCAGCUCCGAAUGCGCAGAAAGAGCCGUGCGCGCAUUCAAACCACCCAUAGGAAAGCAUUACUCAAUGCUUUCCUAUGGACGUCCAGCAUCUUAUCACUGUGAUUUUCACAGUGAGAAUCGUGGAAGCGCCUCUAGUGGCUGUCAGUGAGACAGCCACUAGAGGCUGGAUUAACCCUCAGUGAAACAGCAGUUUCUCUAGAACUGCUAUGUUUUCAGCUGCAGGCUUUAAACUAGAGGGACCUGGCACCUAAACCACUUCAUUGAGCUGAAGUGGUCUGGGUGCCUAUAGUGGUCCUUUAAAGUCAUAUUUGUUAGUCGAAAUGUACAUAUAUCAGUUUGCUUGUGUUAACCUUCCAGUGUGUGUUUUCUAUGCCAUCAGUGCAAGCCCCUCAAUCCCCAGAAGAGGCACCUGGAACUGCAGGAGAUGCUGUCUACAUGGAGAGCAGGGCAGCAGGUUCACCUCCUGUCUCCCUGGAAAUGUGCCUGGCUUCACGUUCCUCUUGUAAGUACUUGCAUAGCAUUGUUAGAUAAAUGUUAUGUGUGUGUGUGUGUGUGUGUGUGCGUGCGCAUUUAAACAUACACACACAUAUAUGUGAUUUUACUGUAUAUGAAGUUAAUUUAUCACAUACAUGUAUUUCAGACCAUCCACAACUUGUCGACCUUCCUUCACCACGGAUGAGUGUGGUUUCCCUCCAACAGCCGGCCACUGGUGUCCAGGAACAGGGAUCCACUGCUGAGUGUAAGUUAAAAUGCUUUAACUGUACACAUUUUCUUUGCAGGCAUACUAGUUUAUCUAACAGGCAGGGCUGGGUCGACCGCUAAGCAUACUAAGUGUCUGCCUAGCACGCACUGGCCAGGGGGCUCAAUGUCCGGGUGACCAGCAGGGGUGGGGGGGAGCUCACAUCGCUCAUCUCCAUCUGUUCACUAUAUGUACUGUGGCUGAGUGGACCACGUGUGAUCUUAUCUACCAUCUACUUGGCCUGACAGGAAGCUGAGUGCAACGAUCAGCUUCCUAUCAUGCAGAAGAAACAGGAGAUUCUCUACCUGGGGACGCUCGGCCAUGAUACAUGUAGUGAGAUUAGAAGGAAAGGGAGGUGGGCACAAAGACAUGCAAAGAGACAGAGAAAGGGCUAGGGGGGACAAAGAUGCAUAACUAUACUUAAGCAUAAUAAUAAAUUAAUAGCAUGACUGCAUAUAUCUUAUUUCCAAGUUUAAAUAAUAUUGUUGUACAGAUAAUAGUAAGCAUUGCAACAUAUGACACAUGCUAACAAUGUUCUUUCUCUGUUCUCCCCUAUAGGUUCUGAUGGUACUCUCCCCCUGCAAGAGGAGGGUACCAUUAUCCUAACAGCAGUGGAUCCUAAUUGACUGAGAUCAGUGGCCGAAGAAAUGCAGUUGCCACAACUUCCUCCACCGUUGGCUGCGCUGUAUGCGACGAUCCAGGCUCGUCAAGCUGAACUGGAGACGUCCAUACAGCAGGAUAGGGAGAAUCAGCAAGAACUAUUGCAGAAUGUAAUAACGGAGGUACGCUCCAUGUCGAACAUUUUGAAUGAGGGCGUUAGGCAAUUUAUCAAAAUAUGCAGCGCUUUAUGGAAAUGAGGGAGGAAAAGUGCAUUCUAAUGCGCGCACAAGCUGCCCGUAAUUUGGGCAUAACCAUUGCUGAUGUAGAUAGCCUAGUUCAUGAACGACGUGCGCAGGGUCUUCCCAGAAGGGAUGAUGAUGAUGAUGAUGAAUAGAUAUCUGUGGGAAGAAUGCACUCAGAUGUUUAUUUAUCAUUAUCAUCCACAAUGUAAAGGCUUGCCUGGAGUUGUGGGAGAGGCGUGGUGAUCCUAUUUAAACUCACCCCCCUUUUUCUGCAUCACCGUGUAGUUUUGACUUCAGUAGGCAUCACUUCCGGUUUUGGACUUCCGGGUUACGAUCACUUCCGGUGCGCGGUUUGUGCGUUCAGAUCGGCUAACAGCUGUUGUUUUCCCACACGCUCGGGGAAAACUGUCACACAACACCAUCAAAUUAUAUUUAACCGGCAUACAACACCACAUGGAUACCUUAUACCCAGAUAACUCUAGUUUCUUAUCUUCUUACCCCAUUAAAAACAUUCUUAAAGGCGUACAGAAAUCCAGUACCACUCCUUUAUAUUUUUUAAUGAUGGUGAGUGUCGGAGGUCGUAUUAUAUAUAUACACAAACACAUAUAUAUAUAUUAUAAUUCUAUGUAUAUAUUUAUGUAAUAAUUUUACAUAAUUAGGUCAUUUUAUUAAUUACAAUUUGCAGGACCUGCCUGACAACCCAGGCCAAAAGUCCAGGGAAUUAAAUUUGCUAGCACUGUAUUUAACCCUAUAACUUUCUAUGACACCACACAUAUGGGGUACUGUUUUACUUCGCUGAACACAAAUAUUAGUGUUUCAAUGUAUUACAAUGUAUUUCAACGAUGUUAUCGUCAGUGAAAGUGACUUUUUUACACACAAAUGGCACUUAUCUGGACGAGAUAAUUGUUGUGAGACGUUUUACUGUUUUGAAACACUAAUAUUUGUGUUCAGCGAAGUCUCCUGAGUAUAACAGCACCCCUCAUGUACAGGUUUUAUGGUUGUAACUGAUCGAUGGGCACCCUGACUGGGUACCUUCGUUGGAGGAUGCUCCUAGCGCUUCCUGAGGGCUACCAGCACUCCAGCCGACACCAUAACCACCGUAGACUCCUUCAGAGCGCAAACCAGGAACAAGCUCUUACAAGAGUUUAGGAGUGAUUAUAGCAAGGGAAUAUGCAGAGCAUAGCAAUCCCUUGUAGCAGAUUCCCCCAAUAAGAGACAGAACUCAAAUUGAGGGUGAAGAAGAACUGAAGCUUUUAAUGACACUGCUUUUAUGCACAUUUUGCACACAUAGUACUGCCCACAGGGUUUUGUAAAACAACCAAUCAAUACGUACAAUACACUCAGACACUCCCAGCAAUUACAGAUAAAAUCCUCCUGUGACGAGACCAAUCUCGCCACAUUGCAUUGGAGAAGCCUGGUUGCUCGCCUGCUGCCUUUGGACUAUGGCCCCCUUUUAAAAGACUUUAUUUUUGCCUGCUGAAAAGCUGUAUUCGUGCUUUUCUGCCUGGGGUUCAGUAGAUUUGUUUGAAUGUGUUAUACCCCAGAUAGGAAUCCCAUGGAGCCCAUUCGUAUGAAACUGACUGUAAAGACUUUGGCUCCAUGGCGAUUAAACUGUAUUUGUGUGGUCCGAGCGCCAUUCACUUAAUAAUGUGCGCUCAGACCUGAGCUAUCUGGGGAUAUGUGAAAUGUCUGUGUAUUAUGUGUAAAAUGUAACUUUAUGUAUUUUAAAGUGUUUUACUGUCUUUGUGUCUUUUUGCAACCAUGUGCUUAAUGGAGUCUUGUGUCUGUCCUGGGAGAUAAUUGAAUUACUCUCCAGGAUAGAAGACUCUGAAACUGGUUUGGGCCAGAAAGCCAUGCUUCAUUUAGUCACAAAGGACUUUUUACUAACUUUUGAACCCCUGGUCUGAUUCAUGUCAUUUUUUAAUAUGUUGUUCCCCUGAAUGGAUUGAUUGUGUAUAUGUAAUUUUAUGUGAAUGUGAUGUAUGGUUUUAGAGUUAUGAAAGUUGGGUAGAAAGUAUGUUUUAACUGUAUGUGUAAUUGAGUUUCCUCUCAGGAUAAGGGGAGGGAAUAUGUGGGAGGUAACUGUGAUGUGAUUGGUUGCUUUAUACCUCCCUGUGGGCGGUCCUGUAUUUGCAAGACUGUAAUAAAAACCAGGCUGGGUGUGCCAGCACCUCAGACCACUGCUUGACCCUCAACACGGAGCCUUGUCUCGUUCUUGGGGGGAUUCACUGUAUGCUGUUAGAGACUGAUUGCCAGGAGUGUAAGCUGAUUGUCUGCUUUUCCUGUUCGUCUGCUAGCAGCUAUUUGGGAGGUUCCAGUUCGGGAGUUGGAGUGCUAUUUUGUAUCCAGUUCGUGAGUUUUGGUGAUUCUACAGUAGCUGUGCCUGUCUCUAAAAGGGGGAUUAUCGUCUAAGCGGUUUUUACCCCUUUUGUGCAAAACGGUCCGUUACAAUUGGUGGCAAGCGGCGGGAUCGUUCCCACAGACUACAGGACAGCUACAGGCGACACCAUUCCGUGGAUUUACAAUUUGAGGGCAACGCAUGUCUGAGUACAGCGACCCUGACAGCAACAGCAUGGAACCAGCAGUGUCAUACGAGGAGGAGGACCUGGAUGGCCGGGAUGCAUUAAGGAAAGGCAUCUGGUACCAGGCCCUGGAUAAUGUACAGUACCAGCGGGGUGAGAGUCUCCCCAGUGAAGAGCAGCGGUUGCAGAAGCAAGUGGCCCUGCGGAUGCCCUUCCUGGGAGAGCAGCCCCUAGAUGAAUGGGUGAAGGAAUUGGAGCACCGGGUAUGGCAGGAGAUUUGGCUGGAAGAUGCAUACCAGGCGCUCUGGUGGUAUGGGGCACAGUACCUGCCCUGGACAGCCGAGCAUGACAAGCCAGAGGGAGAGGACUUUGAUGGUCCUGGCUUGUUAUGGGAGGCUUUUUCAGAGCCUGAAUUUGGGAGCCCUACACAAGCCCGGUUCAGUGAUCUCUUGGAGUGGAGGGAGAGCAGGUAUGACUGGGACGACACUCACGACAUUGAGCAAGACCUGGCUCACCUAGCAACCCUGGAGUGGGAACUGGAGCAGGACUACCGAGAUCUCUUCCACUCCAUUGAGAAGAUUCAGCAGGACAGCAAGGUGACAGAGCCAGAGCCAGACCCAUUCAGAGGGGACGAGAUGGUACAGUUUUACUGGGAAGAACCCCAGGUGGCCGGUAGAGAUGGGACCGAGGUCUCUCCACCGGUCCUGCAGGGAAUUGGGAGCCCAGUCUCCAUUCCCCAGCGGCAGUGUAAAGUGCAGGGAGAGGAGAGCAGUAUCCUCCCUCCCCAGCGGCAGGCUGAGUUACAGGGGGCAGAGGUAGUUGUUCCUGCCCCCCAGCAGCAGAGUGAUAUGCCGGGAAGGCAGUGUGAAGUCCAGGGAGAGGAGAGCAGCGUCCUCCCUCCCCAGCGGCAGGCUGAGUUACAGGGGGCAGAGGUAGUUGUUCCUGCCCCCCAGCAGCAGAGUGAUAUGCCGGGAAGGCAGUGUGAAGUGCAGGGAGAGGAGAAUAGUGUCCUCCCUCCCCAGCGGCAGGCUGAGUUACAGGGGGCAGAGGUAGUUGUUCCUGCCCCCCAGCAGCCAAGUGAUAUGCCGGGAAGGCAGUGUGAAGUCCAGGGAGAGGAGAGCAGUGUCCUCCCUCCCCAGCGGCAGCGUGAUUUUUUGGGAAUUGGGAGCCCAGUCUGCAUUCCCCAGCGGCAGUAUGAUGUUUUGGGAAUUGGGAGCCCAGUCUCCAUUCCCCAGCGGCAGCACAGAUUAUUGGGAAUUGGGAGCCCCGUCUCCAUUCCCCAGCGGCAGAGUGUCCUACCGGGAAUAGAGAGCCCAGUCUCCUUUCCACAGCAGCAGCAGGACUCUGUAUUGGGAGCAGAGACAGUCGGUCUCCCUUCCCCGCAGCUGGAAGUAUGUAUGAGAGAGGAGCAUGUUACCCCCUCUCCCCAGCGGCAGCUUAAUGUACCAGGGGGAGACAGUAAGCCCCACAACUGUGCAGAUGGGACCGUAGUCUCUACACUGCCAGCACAGGGGGUAGGGACGGUCGGUUCUGUCCCCCAGCGACAGGGCUGUUUAGCCAAAGGGGAGACAGUCGGUCUCCCCCUCCAGCAGCAGAGAUGGGUAACCAAAGGGGAGACAGUCGGCCUCCAGCAGCAGAGCUGUGUGUCUAAAGGGGAGACAGUCGGUCUCCAGCAGCAGAGCGGUGUAGUUAAAGGGGAGACAGUCGGUCUCCCCCUCCAACAAACAGGCUUCAACCAGGCUACCCUCCCAGUAGCGCUGGCAACAGGGCAGAGUGCCACUGGUCUCUGCCCACGCAGCAACCCACCCAGUCAGCGUACCCGUACCCAUCACAGCCGUGGUGAGGCACCUGGACAUGGACAAGCUUCUCCUUUACCCAGGUGUAGUAACCAUUUAUUGUGGGUGGGCUGUGCUGUUGAUUAUGUUUUGUGGGUGGGCUGCUGGACUAACAAGGGCACUGACCGGCAGGAGGUCAGAUACCCUGUUAGUCUGUUUGGGAAAGGGGAGAGAUGUGACGAGACCAAUCUCGCCACAUUGCAUUGGAGAAGCCUGGUUGCUCGCCUGCUGCCUUUGGACUAUGGCCCCCUUUUAAAAGACUUUUAUUUUUGCCUGCUGAAAAGCUGUAUUCGUGCUUUUCUGCCUGGGGUUCAGUAGAUUUGUUUGAAUGUGUUAUACCCCAGAUAGGAAUCCCAUGGAGCCCAUUCGUAUGAAACUGACCGUAAAGACUUUGGCUCCAUGGCGAUUAAACUGUAUUUGUGUGGUCCGAGCGCCAUUCACUUAAUAAUGUGCGCUCAGACCUGAGCUAUCUGGGGAUAUGUGAAAUGUCUGUGUGUUAUGUGUAAAAUGUAACUUUAUGUAUUUUAAAGUGUUUUACUGUCUUUGUGUCUUUGUGUCUUUUUGCAACCAUGUGCUUAAUGGAGUCUUGUGUCUGUCCUGGGAGAUAAUUGAAUUACUUAUCUCCAGGAUAGAAGACUCUGAAACUGGUUUGGGCCAGAAAGCCAUGCUUCAUUUAGUCACAAAGGACUUUUUACUAACUUUUGAACCCCUGGUCUGAUUCAUGUCAUUUUUUAAUAUGUUGUUCCCCUGAAUGGAUUGAUUGUGUAUAUGUAAUUUUAUGUGAAUGUGAUGUAUGGUUUUAGAGUUAUGAAAGUUGGGUAGAAAGUAUGUUUUAACUGUAUGCGUAAUUGAGUUUCCUCUCAGGAUAAGGGGAGGGAAUAUGUGGGAUGUAACUGUGAUGUGAUUGGUUGUUUUAUACCUCCCUGUGGGCGGUCCUGUAUUUGCAAGACUGUAAUAAAAACCAGGCUGGGUGUGCCAGCACCUCAGACCACUGCUUGACCCUCAACACGGAGCCUUGUCUCGUUCUUGGGGGGAUUCACUGUAUGCUGUUAGAGACUGAUUGCCAGGAGUGUAAGCUGAUUGUCUGCUUUUCCUGUUCGUCUGCUAGCAGCUAUUUGGGAGGUUCCAGUUCGGGAGUUGGAGUGCUAUUUUGUAUCCAGUUCGUGAGUUUUGGUGAUUCUACAGUAGCUGUGCCUGUCUCUAAAAGGGGGAUUAUCGUCUAAGCGUUUUUUUUCCCCUUUUUUGCAAAACGGUCCGUUACACCUCCCCUCUGCUUGUGAUUUAAUUACCUUACACAAUGGGUUAAUGUAAUUAUCACUGGCAGAGAAAUACAGUUUUUACACAUCUACUAUAACUUUAAAACUAUACAUUCAAUAUUCAAACCGACAUAUUAUUAUUCAGCAUACUUUAAUUAUAAACAGCCAAAAUUCAGCCAAUUCCAACCAGGGGUUAAAAAAGUUAGCUGGAGGUCCCUUUAUGACCGACCGCAAGCACAUUUCCAUGCCCAAAACAGUUCCAUAGAUUUGGGCUGUGCGGCCGGUCAAUUUCACACUGAAAAAAUGACUAAGUCCCAUCGCCAAAUGGGACUUAGUCUCUGCGGCUGCAAAAUUAUUGUGGGAGAAGGUAGGGGUCAGCGGUGUUCACGGAACUGUGUAGCCGAUUUCAGUUCCAUGAAUUUGGCUCCACACACCGCUGACCGCAUUGAAUGAACAAAGAUGGCUGCCGCCAUGUGUUCAUUUGCACGAACGGCAGCCCCCUCAGCGUUCGGCAAUUUACCUACAGCAGGCUCCCAGCCAGGGAGGUAAAUUGCCUGCACACUUCCACUUCUGGAUGGUCCGCCUGUGUGGUACCUGGUUCAGUAAGCCCCAUUUACUGAACCAAGAGGGAGAAAGCCAGGAACACAGUAUAUUAACAAUCUGGGGACAAAGUCUUAAAGAGGCAUUGUUCCCAAAAGUCACAAAUAUGUCCCCAAAUGGUUCUUAAAGGGCCAGUAGCCAUUCACUGUGCUUAAAGGGCCAGUAGCCGCACAAUAAAAAUCUAUUAUGCCUAAAUAUGUUCUUAAAGGGCAAUACAUCCCAGGGGCUGUAGUCACAGGGCAGGAGGCGGGCAAGCAGGCCCCUCCAAAAGCUCAUGGCAAACUCCCUUAAAAGGGUGAGUUUGCUACAAUGCGGUUUUCAAAAGUUACUGAGUCAAAUAUAAGGCUUGCGUUUCAGUUUUUUCACAUUGAAAUUAGCCAGAUUGGUUACGUUGCCUUUGAGACCGUAUGGUAGCCCAGGAAUGAGAAUUACCCCCAUGAUGGCAUACCAUUUGCAAUAGUAGACAACCCAAGGUAUUUCAAAAGUGGCAUGUCCAGUCUUUCUUAGUAGCCACUUAGUCACAAACACUGGCCAAAAUUGUCAUACGAUUAGUUUUUUUGCAUUUUUCACACACAAUCAAAUAUUAACAAUAACUUUGGCCAGUGUUUGUGACCAAGUGGCUACUAAAAAAGACCGGACACACCCCAUUUGCAAUACCUUGGUUUGUCUACUAUUGCAAAUGUUAUGCCGUAAUUUUCAUUCCUGGGCUACCAUACGGUCACAAAGGAAACAUAACCAAUCUUGCGAAUUUCAGUGUUAAAAAUGUAACAUGCUAUAUUUGACUCUUUAACUUCCCAAAACACCAUAAAACCUGUACAUAGGGGGUUCAAAUUGAGGGUGAAGUAGAACUGAAGUUUUAAUGAAACACUUAGCUUUUCUGCCCAUUUUCUGCCCAUAGUACCGCCCACAGGGUUUUGUAAGACGACCAAUAAAACACGUAAAUUAUAGUAAAACACUCCCAGCAAUUACACACAAAUCCUCCCCUCUGCCAGUGAUAUAAUUACUGAACACAAUGGGUUAAAGUAAUUAUCACUGGCAGGAAAAAUAUACUUUUUACACAGUUACUGUAACUUUAAAAAUAUACAUCCAAUCUUCCUAAAAGUAACAUAUUACUAAUCAGUAUCCUUUAAAUAUAAACACUCUCAAAAAUAAUACAAAUCCCUCCAGUAGAUAAAAAGUUAGUCGGAAGUCCUUUGUGACCGACCGCAAGCAAAUUUUCCUCCCCAAAACAGUUCCAUAGAUUUGGGCUGUGCGGUCGGUUAAUUUCAGGCAUAAAAAUGAUUAAGUCCCAUUCAAAUGCACGUUCGUGCAAUAGGCUCAGUAGCAGUGUGUGAGUUCAAAUAGCCGAACUGUACCGAACGACGACCACCCAGCCGUUCAUCAAUUAGGUCAAUUAGUUGCAGUUAACCACAGCUUCUGGGAGGUUAACAGGCUGCACACUCCCAUUGCAUGUAGUCUGGCCAUUCAGCAGUUUAUUCGGUAAAAUAAAAGGGAAUAAAUAGGGCUAAAUGCACGAAUGGCAUAUGAAAAAAAGGGCACUGGUAUCCACAAAACUGGAGUUUUGUCAGUUACUUACUACACAGUAAAAGAUAUAUAAAAAUAAAUCUGAUAUAGAAUUCUAUAUACCCCAAGGCCUGCUAGCGGACAUGCUGAGAUCAGCAAGUGCUUUAGCAGACCUUGGGGUAUAGAAUUUUAUAUCAGUUUGUUUUCUAUAUAUCUUUUACUGUGUGUGUAGUAAGUAACUGUGACAAAACCCAAUUUUUGUGGAUACCAGUGCCCUUUUUUUUUAAAAUGCCGUUCGUGCAUUUAGCCCUAUUUAUUUAUUCCCUUUUAUUUUAGUUACGGUGACGUGACAUUUUUUUAUUUUACUUACAGUGACAUGGGUGCACCGGAAGUGACCUAGGUAUAGAAAUCUGAUAGAUACAGAUUUCUGAUAGAGCACAGGAAGUCACUCUAGUGCAGUGGUUCCCAACCCAGUCCUCAUGUUCCCCCUAACAGUACAGGAUUUAAGGAUUACUCAAUUGUGUCUAAGGUGUUUUGGGUGAAAAAAACAAAAAACACUUUAGACACAACAGUGUAAUCCCUAAAUCCGGGUCUGGUAGGCGGUACUUGAGGACCAGGUUUGGAACCCCUGCUCUAGUGGCUGUCUGGUAGAGGAGGAGUUAAAGGAGCACUUGUUUUCCUGCCACUAUAGGGUCAUUAGGUUUGCCCACCCUCAGGGUCCCUGUGCCGCUGGGAGGAAUGGGUUAAAGUCCCUUCAGCCACUUACCUUUCUCCAGCGCUGGACUCCCUCUGUGCUGGGGAACUCUCCAACCCCUAGCCGAUGUCAGAUCCGAAUGUGCAUGCGCACAAUAAAUUUGAUUCAUAAGAAAGAAAGUGAAAAAGAUAGAAAAAGGAAAAAGUGAGAUAGUAAAUAAAAAUUUAACCACAAAUGGUAAAGAGAAGUGAGUGGGCAAUUGGCGACCCACUCACCUGUUUCAUCCCCAGGGCAGAGCAUCCAAACUCCUUCGGUCCUUUGCGUGGGGAGCGGACCUCCAGAGCUCAAACACAGUGCCCUAGCGUUAACUGACUGCACUGGCGGAGGUAGCAGGCGUUGCCACUCCACUGGCAGACACAGCCAGUGGGGAGAAACCAGUACCACUGUAAGGGAGAUUUUAAGGAUUUGGGGGGUUGGGGAAAGAAUGGAAGAAUAAGGAGAAAUGAGAAAAAAAAGAUGUUUUGCCACCACCAACAGCAAAAUAGAAAGAAAUAAAAUGGUAAAGAGGAUUGAGUGGGCAAUUGACUACCCACUCACCUGUUUCAUCCCCAGGACAGAGCAUCCAAACUCCUUCGGUCCUUGGCGUGGGGAGUAGACCUCCAGAGCUCAAACACAAUGCCCUAGCAUUAACUGACUGUGCUGGCGGAGGUAGCAGGUGUUGCCACACCGCUGGCAGACACAGCCAGAGGGGAGAAACCAGUACCACUUUAAGGGAGAUUUUAAGGAUUUGGGGGUUGGGGAGAGACUGGAAGAAUAAGGAGAAAUGAGAAAUAAAAUAAAUAUUUUGUCGUCACCAACUUUAUACAAUUAGAAAGAAAGUUGAGAAACCCUAAGCUCAAUUACAGUCAAAGUGUAGAGCAGGGUACCCCAAUUUAGGAAGAUUGAACUUAAGAAAGUCGAUCUGCUCCAUGAGAUGAGGUGACAUUUGUGAGCGCUGUGGAUUCAGUAUAUUACCGGUUACCGAAAACACACGCUCACUUGGGACAGUAGUUGGCGGACAUGAUAGCAGCUCCGGCGCAACCAAUGAGAGUUCAGGCCACACACUCUUCUCAUCCCAAUAGCUAUGAGGGUCGACAUUAUGGGGCAAAGGAGGUUCAGAGAGGUACGCUCUGACCAUUUCUGAGGCAGUACUCUCCUGUCUGCUGCUAGCACUCUCAGUGGGUCCAACUAUAUCCUCAAGCAACUCUUCCCAAAAUGCAGCUGCUCCACUCAGUUGUGUGGUGGUGGUAUUGCCACUGCUUCUGCUAGAAGUAGCCGACAUCUCACCCUCCUGCUGAACUACUCCCUCAGACAGCAUUCCCCUCUUUUGCUGCCAGUCACACACCCUCUGGAUCAGUUUCUCCCUCCAAUUUGUUAAGUUAUUGGAUCUGAGUGCAAGCUUUCCCUUAAUCCUUGGAUCACACAGGCAAGCUAGCAUCAGUUCAGGAGAAUUAUCCAUUCGCUCACAUAGGCGAACUUUAAGCUGAUCCUUCAGCCUCCUGACCAGAGUUAUUACAUCAGGAUGUAAAGGAUCACCUUGAACAACCUCUUGGCAUUCAAGGAAGACACCCAUCUUGCUCCCUAGAUGGGUGAAAACAGGGAUUACCUGUCCCAAAUUGGCAGUGUUCAAGCUUAAUGGUUUCAGGACUGCCACUAGCUGAGCGAUCACUGUCCAAUCGUCUCUACCUAGUGGAGAACCAAUACCGAUGUAUUGGACUGAUGCCAGACUAUGGAUUGCCCUCUGCUGCUCUAAAAUCCUCUCCAGCAUCUCCACAGUAGAGUUCCACUGUGUACGGACAUCUUGUCAUAGACAGUGUGUGGGAAGACCUGCCUUCUCUUGUUCAUGCCUCAACAGUUGGAUUAGCCUUCACACUGUGGUGGAAGUGCCCAGCAAUCCUCCUGCACUUUUCAAUCACACUGGAAACUCUGUUAUUACCUUCUGGGAUUGCUGACUUUACUACUAGAUGGAUAAUGUGCGCUGCACAGCGUACACCAACAAGGUUACCAUCACGCAAAGUUUUCACCAUAUUUGUAGCUCCAUCAGUAACCACAAACCCCACUUCUACAUUGGUACCUGCCUCCGCUCCAACCCAAAGAGACACCAUCCUUCUUACUGCCUGCAGAAUGUUAUCUGAAGUGUGUUUUUCAUCCAUCACUUCAGCAUGGAGAAGGAAAGAGCGAUAGCCCAGUUGAUCUUCAGAUACACCUACUCCCUUUCUGCUAGACACUGCUGCUGAAGUUGCAGCAGCAGCUUCCUGAGACACACCAGGCUCCCACCAGUGUUCUGUCAGGGAAAGAAAGGCAUGCUGGCCACUUGGUGUACUCCACAAAUCUGUGGUAAAAUGCACAGACUGACCAGCAGCCGUCAAAAGCUCCCCUUUCACUACUCCUACACAGGACCGGUAAAGUGAAGGGAUUAUCCUCCUGCUGAAAGUGGAGCGUGAGGGAAGAUGGUUGUAACGGACCAUUUUGCCCAAAAGAGGUUAAAAACCGUUUAGGCGAUAUUCCCCUUUUUCAGCUGCACCGACAGCUACUGCAAGCACCAAUCUCCUGAACUGCAAACCCACGAAUUCACCAACUCCCGAACUGCAUACCAAGGGAAUACUUGAAACUCCCGAACUGGAGACACACGAAUAGCUGCUAGCAGACGAACAGGAAAAGCCCCCAAGCGGCUUACACUCCUGGCAAUCAGUCUCUAACAGCAUGCAGUAAAUCCUCCCCCAAUAAUGAGACCACACUUCACUUUGAGGGUUAAGCAGGAACUGAUUUACUGGGGCUAACUGCCCGGCUUUUAUGCAGGUCUCCCACCUGGUGGACACUCCCCUAGGGGACCAAAUGGGAGACUGGGACACAAAGGGUAAAAGGACCAAUCACAGACAUACACAUUUCAACCAUCCCACAAUGCAUCACAAUCCCUCCUCUCUGCCCUGGAGAUAAUUUGGGAAGUAAUUCAAUUAUCUCCAAAGACAGAGGCAAAACUCCAUUAACCACAUGGCAGAAACAAACAGUAAAAGACAUAAAAUUACCUACAGUUACAUUCAGUACAUAAAACAUAUACAUUCUACAUAUCCCCAGAUAGCUCAGGUCUGAGCGCACAUUAUUAAGCGAAUGGCGCUCAGACCACACGAAUACAGUUUAAUCGCCAUGGAGCCAAAGUCUUUACACAGUCAGUUUCAUGCGAAUGGGCUCCAUGGGAUUCCUAUCUGGGGCACAACACACUCAAACAAAACUACCGAACACCCGGCAGAAAAGCACGAAUAAGUCUUUUCUGCAGGGAAAAAAGAUGUCUUUUAACAUGGGGCCAUAGUCCAAAGGCAGGAGGGGAGCAACCAGGCUUCUCCAGUGUACAGUGGCGAGGUUGGUUUCGCCACAAUGGUAUUGUGGAGCCACAGCCUCCAUCAACUGUUUGAAAGGCUCCGCUUCUAUCACUGAAAAGGAAGCACCACCAACAGCAAUUAACUGGCCAAUAAGUCGUGUAAUUUUAUUGGUCUGCUGUUUAGACAUAGCCCUGGAGUGGAAUCCCCCAAAUUGUUCCAGGGUGGGCUGGAUGCAUUGUGAUGCUCCAACCAGUCUUGGUUGUUGGCUGGCAGCACCAGUAGCUCUUGGCUCUGCAACACCUCCCCUGUCACUCCUAGCUGCCAUGGUACUGGACACUGUAAUAGUACCAGCUAUGCUGCCUGCCCUAGUACUUUCUGCCUCUUCCCUCAAUAACACAGCCUUGUGAUGGCUGCAAAGGUGAUGGUUCAUCCCUGCACUGGUGAGAUGACCCAACACUCUCCCACUGCUGACUACCUUCCCACAAAGUUUGCACUUUGCAAAGCGCCCAUCUCCAACACUUUCAAAGUGAUCCCAAACUUUGCUGCGGCGCAAAACAUUGGCGCUUGCCCUUCGGGAUACUACUCCUAAUGGUGCAGGUUGAUGAGCAGCAGGAGGAGUGCGACUACUGGUAGCUGGCACAGUAGCCUCGGCACUGGUACUGUGGCUAGUAGUACCAGUGGUGGUGGUGAUUGUUGGCACAGUUACACUGGUGGUGGUAACUGUGCCACUGUGAGGAGGAACAGUGGAUCUGGAAAUAGUAGUGGUAAUAAUUGAUUGUGGUGGUGGUGGUGGUGUGCUAAUGGUUGAAGUAGCACUAGCAGGUGCUACUAUUGGAGAAAGUGGAGAGGAAGGGGAAAAAUGUGCACUUGUAGCAGGAGAAAAGGUUGGACUGCUCCCUGAAGAAUUCUGACUUUCCUCUACUAUCUUCUCCUCACUCUCAGGCUCAUAGUCAAGCUCUUCAUCAGCCAGACUAAAUGGAAUCUCUGCAAGGCUGGGGGUAAGACUGAUAUCACAUCUAGGAAUAAUAGGACUAGGAGCACGGGGUAGCAUUGGCAAUGGCAACAACUCCUGUGCUGAUGUGCCGCUGUCAGUGGUAGAAGCAGGCACAGCACUCGUGGUGGUGGAAGUGGUGGUCUUGGGAGGGGGAUUAGGAAACAGCCUCCUUGUACAAGAAGGAAGCUAUUUAGCAGCACGACUCACAGGCCUGCUUGUGGUAAAGGAAGAUGCUGGGGGAAAAACACGCUUCUUCUUACUUAUUGGGCUACUCCUACUACUAGUUGUGUUUUUAAUAAUAGUACUAGCCAUAGUGCUCACUCUUAAAAGCCCUGCUGGUUUCCCUUUGCCAUAGAAAAGACUGGCAAUUCUGGGCCUUGCUGCACUGCUGCCUGCUAUUGGUGCCUUUCCUUGACCAGGAUCUUGCACCAACGGGCCUGAAAUGCGAGACAAAGACUUUGGCCUCCUAGGUGGUGAGUCUGACAUAGCGGCACUCUUUGACCGCUUAGGCUGACGCAUAGGCUGCGUACUCAAACUACCACUACUUGUGGUGGUGGUGGUGGUGGUAUUUGUGGUGGUGAUGGUUGCUGACUGACCCUCCCUCACUUUACUAGUGGAUGAAGGUUUAGGAGGAUCCAUUUAGAAUUUUAAAAUAGUAAGAAAAGAAAAGAAGUUGAAGAAAAGAAAAGAAAGAGAUAAUGUAAUGUAUGUAGUGUUUUGAAACUAAAGUUUAUAUUUUUAUUAAAAAGGAUUAUUUGAAGUUUGGAGCUAUGCUAAUAUAUAGAUCAACACAGUUCAAAAAAAAUAUAGAGACUAGUACUGAGGCAGGUUUCUUCACUCUAGUGCUUUUUGAGGAACUAUGGAAAACUGCACUGUCUGGCGUGAGCAAUCUGCCAACAAGUGUUCCCUGCUCGACUACUGCAGUGCAAGCAGAGUAUGAAAAAAUGUACUAAUAUUAGAAAAAUAAAAUAAUAAAAGAUUUCCUACAGCUACCUUGAAGCUUAGGUUAGGACAGUCACACAGUCAGUCUAUCAGGAACUAAACUAAACCAAAUAAAAACAGCAACCAGUUAGCUUCACUGACUGAACUAAUAAAAAUCAGUUAAUGAAAAAAGAAAUUUCUUCACAACAGCAGUCGGAACAGUUAACUUCACUGCUGAUGCUGAUGUGAGCACAUAAAGAAUGACACUAGAAGAGUGAAAAUUUUAAAACAAAAAAUAGACUGUUUGACUGACUAAUGUGCUCUGUUCUAACAAAGCACAAAGAGACUGUACUACAACAACUAUAUAUAAUUUAAACUGAAGAUAAUUCUAUUAACUUAAUAAAAUGUUUUAAUUAAAACUGAAGAUAAUUCUAUUAACUGAAUCAAAAAAUAUUACUUCACUUUUACAUUGACUGCCUGCAAAGCAAGCACACACAGUCAGUGAGUGAGUGACACUAAAAUCAGUCAAUCAGUCACUGUGACUCCGUGCUAGUAGUUACAUAGUUACAUAGUUACAUAGCUGAAAAGAGACUUGCGUCCAUCAAGUUCAGCCUACCUCACAUUUGUUUUUUGCUGUUGAUCCAAAAGAAGGCAAAAAAAAACAGUUUGAAGCACAAUUUUGCAACAAGCUAGGAAAAAAAUUCCUUCUUGACCCCAGAAUGGAAGUCAGAUUUAUCCUUGGAUCAAGCAGUUAUUACCCUACAUUGAAAGAUUAUAUCCUUGAAUAUUCUGUUCUUGCAAGUAUGCAUCUAGUAGCCGCUUGAACAUCUGUAUGGACUCUGAUAAAACCACUUCCUCAGGCAGAGAAUUCCACAUCCUGAUUGUUCUUACAGUAAAAAAACCUUUCCUUUGCCUUAGGCGAAAUCUUCUUUCUUCCAGUCUAAACGCAUGGCCUCGUGUCCUAUGUAAAGUCCGGUUUGUGAAUAGAGUUCCACACAAUGGUUUGUAUUGGCCCCGAAUAUAUUUGUAUAAUGUUAUCAUAUCCCCUCUCAGGCGACGUUUUUCUAAACUAAAUAGGUUUAAAUUUGUUAACCUUUCUUCAUAGCCCAUAUGUUCCAUUCCUUUUAUUAAUUUUGUAGCCCUCCUCUGCACUUUUUCUAGUGCCAUAAUAUCCUUCUUUAGAACAGGUGCCCAAAAUUGCACAGCAUAUUCAAUAUGGGGUCUUACCAGUGAUUUAUAAAGAGGCAAAAUUAUAUUCUUGUCCCGAGAAUGAAUGCCCUUUUUCAUGCAUGACAAUACCUUACUGGCCUUGGCCACUGCUGAUUGAUAUUGCACAUUGUUGCAUAGUUUGUUGUCUAUAUUCCCAAGUCCUUUUCAUGUGUUGCUAUCCCUAAUUCGCUUCCAUUAAGGGUAUACGUUGCUUGUGUAUUCUUUACGCCGAAGUGCAUAACUUUGCAUUUUUCAACAUUAAAUUUCAUCUGCCAUUUGAGUGCCCAGUCCCCCAGUCUAUCUAAAUCCCUCUGCAGCAAAGUAAUAUCUUGCUCACAUUGUAUUGUUUUACAAAGUUUGUUGUCAUCUGCAAACACUGAAACAUGACUUUCAAUGCGGUCUUCAAGAUCAUUUAUAAACAUGUUAAAUAGAAGGGGUCCCAGAACAGACCCCUGAGGGACACCACUUGCCACCUCUGUCCAGCUAGAAAAUUUACCAUUAAUGACAACUCUUUGUACUCUGUUUUUAAGCCAAUGUUCUACCCAAGAACAAGCAUUUUCAUCUAGACCGAUUUCCUUGAGUUUGAACACUAAUCUAUUGUGUGGAACUGUAUCAAAUGCCUUGGCAAAAUCCAAAUAGAUCACAUCCACGACAACACCCUGAUCUAUACUUCUACUUCCUUCUUCGCAGAACGCAAUCAAGUUAGUUUGACAUGACCUGUGCUUCAUAAAACCAUGCUGAUAUUUGCUGAUAACCAUGUUCUUCUCAAGGAAUUCUUGAAUAUUAUGCCUUAAUAACCUUUCAAAUAUUUUACCAGCCACAGAAGUUAAGCUCACAGGUCUAUAAUUUCCAGGCAAGGAUUUUGAACCCUUUUUGAAUAUAGGAACCACAUCUGCCUUCCUCCAAUCCUCCUGAAAGAUUAAAAACAGAGGUUCACUUAUUUCUGCACUUAGUUCCUUAAGUACACGUGGAUGGAUACCAUCAGGCCCUGGAGCUUUGUUUAUAUUAACUUUCUUUAGUUGCUGCAGCACCUUGUCUUGAGUUAACCAAUUACAAUUAUUCUGCAGGUUUUUAGUAGCUAUCAUUUGCACAUCUAUUGCCAUGGUUUCUUCCUUAAUAUAUACGGAGGAGAAAUAGUUAUUUACUAGCACAGAUUAAACUAAGUUUGUGUGGACUGGAGUAUAGAUUCACUUUAAAAAAAAAAAAUUAAAACCCAGUCAAACACACUUAGCUGAGACUGACAGAAGAUUAACUUUCUCUAUCAGCAUUCAGAAUGAAACAGCAGCACGUCUGCAAAAUCAAUGUCUAACAAAAAUCAACUAAUCAACUUUGCUGCUAAAAAAGACUUAACAGAUAAACUAGAUUAAGAUUUAUUUUCUUCUAGGCUA